GGCGGGCGCGCGGAGCAUGGGGAGGCCGGAGCUGGCCUUAAGCUGCAGAGCGAGAGGCGGAGGCGGAGAGAGCGGGAAGCCCAGCACGCCCGGCCGGGGAAGGAGCCGCUACUCGCUGGAGCGCUUGCCGAGCUGACGGAGAGCCGGGAUACCCUGGACAGCGCCUCUCCGCGCCGCCUCCUCCUCGCCUUGCCGAGCGCGCCCCGCCGCCUUCCCGCCCAGAGACCCCCUUCGGCGGCGGCAACAUGGUGAGUGAGGGAGUGAAGGGACCAGCCUAUUUCUGGCGCGCCCGGAGCGGACAGCCGCGUUUCUCCCGCCGGGAGACGCUAAAUCCCUCCGAGGAGGAGGAGGAGGAGAGCGCGCUCUCUCUCGCGCGCGCGCACGCUCUCCCUCUCGCUCUUCAGCCAUGAGGGCUGAGAAAGAAGCCAGGAGACCCCACGGACAAGAGCCGGGCUCUCUCCUCACAGGCGCCCACAGCAGCGCCUUUCCCACCCCAACACCUGCCACAGCCGUGCGCCCUCGCCCUCGCGCGCGCCAUUCAUGCUUUCCUCGUAGACGCUCAGCAAGCCAAGGAUACACACGCAGCACCUCUCUCUCUCUGCCCACGUACACACACGCAGGUGCACACAUGCCCUUCAUUCUCGUUCACACAUGCUUCCCUGCCCUCAAACACACACACACACCCCUCCUCCUUAUUCCUCUGCCUCAUCCCCUCAUUUUCUCCCACAUCAUUACCCGCAGACACUUUUUCUCACACCUGUACAUGACAUGCUGCCUCACGCUCCUAUACCCCAUUUUUCUCUCUCGUGCCCACUUUAUCCUUUGUCUCAUAUCUAGCGCAAUGCCAUCACUUUUUUUUUUAGACCUUUAGCCUUUCCCUUGCACACAAAUGCUUGUUCUCUGCAAGACAAUGCACCUCACGCAACAUAUGCACCACAUUUUCUUGAUAUGCACACUGUUCUUGUUAGCACACCCACACAGCCCUUGCACAGGCAAACACCAUCCAUUUCUCUCACUGUAUCUCAUAUAUAUAGCACGCUCUCUCUCUCUCUGUCUAUAGGCAACAACUGCUGUGCCCACAUUACUUUAUCCUCUCUUCCCCGCCCACACCUGACCUCCCCAACUAAUGUUUCCUCACACACAGACAGACACAUGUUCUUAUCUGCAUACAGGUGUUUGAUUCUCAACACAUACAGAUUCACAGUUGUUCAUUUGUUGCUCUCAGACCCAUUAACAAAAGCACACUGAGGACCACAGGGAAACCAUAUUUUACAUACUGGUUUCACCAACAGAAGACACUGAGCUCCCUCCUUCCCCUCCUUUUCUGCCCCACAGCUUAUUUUUUCAAAAUGCAUCCUAUGAAGAAUCAGGGUGCAGUUUUGGGUUGCUCUCUGUAUAUGAAGAGCUCCUCUACUCAUGCACACACUUGCUUCCUAUAUGGUGCAAUCUACUUGGAAGUAAGUGCCAUUAAGUUCAAUAGGGCUUACUCUCUGAUAAAGGGGUUUAUAGGAUUGCAGGCUUAAUCAGCUGCCCUUGCAGAUCUUCUGUCUUUGUGCACACUUGAACAGAAAACAUUCAUGGUGCCGCUAUAGUAAGGGUUAAAAGAAGAAGAAACUUUCCUUUUACCUAACUCUUUUGUAGAAAUGGGUGAAGCAGUUAGUUUAUACCACUCCAUUGUUACAAACUGGUCCUAACAUCAGCUUAGGCAAGCCUUGAAGAACUGUAGGAGGAAUCCUUGGCUGCCAAUAGUACUUCCAAAUUACUCCUUCCCCACCUACUCUAGUAGUAUGCAAAUUAAAGAUGAAAGGCCAGUUUAAAGGGACGUAAAAAACCAAAGUAGACAUGCAGGUUCCUAAAAAAACCCCACCAUACAUUGUGGGGCCAUAUUUUUAUUGGAAUUAAUCAAAAUAUCACAACAGCUCCACACUUUUGUGAUGUUUUCGUUGAUCCCAAUAAAAGUAUUGCCCAACAGAUUUUGCACUUUAAAAGGCAGCACUCUGCUCCUUCCUUCCUACUGCAGAUCCAAGUUAUUUAGAAAAUCCUAGGAAAUUCAGAUCUAGCUACUAGCUUUGGGAACAAAUCCAUCUGAAUGUAACAAAUGCAUGUUAGAGUAUUAGCAUUCCAGCUUCACCACCAUUACCCUUAUUCAGUCGGGUUCUUCAUGACCAUAUUUGGAUUAGGUCUUUUAUGUGAGUGUUCAGAUUGUAUAUGUAUUCUUUUGCGGCAAAAUUAAAUACUCAUGUUAGGAUAACGGCUCAGGGAAUGUUUUCAGCCUGUAAGACAAAACGAGGACAAUGACAUAUAUAUUUUUGGUCAAAAUUUGGGUCUUACUGUGUGAAAAGCCCUUAGUUACUAUCUGGAAGGUCGGUUACCAGACCAAAGGACCAUUGUAGCCAGAUGACAGGUAUGUAGCCAUUCACUUCUGACAGUAACAAAGCUAAAAUGGGAUUUGUCUCUCCCCCCCCAUCUAUCUAAAAGAGCACUAAGCUGUACAUAAUGAGAAAGAAAUAAUAAGUAUUCCAAGACCUACAAUACCUAUUCUUGACAAUUAGCUGAAAGCCAUGUUAAUGAAUGUUGUAACAGUUUACAGUCACAUCACAACUGCAAUAAGAAUGGAAGGAGAAAGGGUGUGUUUGUGAUAAAAAUCCAGUUGUAUAUAGCUUUAUCCCUAAUAGAUUUCAUGCCUUUCAUAGAAUGACAUGAAACAAGAAUCAGAUAAGCUUUGGAAACCCCUUAAAGGUUAUUGUAUACAUUUCUCGCUGUGCCAAUUCCAAUAAACAAACCCAGUUCUGCACUGUUGAUAGCUUUAAAAAGGUACUCACCUGGGUUCAAAUCUUUCUUAACUAAGGCAGGUUUUACAAGUAGGGAGCUAACAGAUGAAUGAAAAAUGCAAUCUUAUUGGGUGACUUUUGUGCGUGUAAUUUUUUUAUUUAAAAAACCCUGCCAAGCUUACAGCUUCUGAAAUGUAAUUUGAAAUGUAAGAGCAUGAAAUGUAAGGGUGAUCCACAAAGGGGAUUGGAAGCCUCAUGUUAGCUGGGCCUAUCAGUCAUCUCAAUGAAUAUACAGAUGAGAAAACGAAGGUUCAAGGUGGCUCAGUAGCUAACCCAAUUAUCAGUAAUGUGUUCGUGUGUGUUUGUAGUUACACCAUUGAGCCUGUGUCCCAGAGGAUCACAAGGACUGCACUAAUGAUAAGAUGAAGUUAAUGAUGUAUGAUAUAAUGAACAACCUAGUGCACAUCAACUGGGAAUCAGGUCACAUAUAGGUGCUACUGAGUUUUUAUUCUAACACCAAACCUGAAACUUUUGGCUUGCACCAGUUACUCUGAACUCUCCAUACACCCAAGUAGUUUUUGGGAAAUUAGAUUUUGGACAGCAUAAAUAUAUUCCAUACUUGUGAUUUAUCCUGGCAGUGUUUUAUGUGUUUUGUAGAAUCAUAGAGUUGGAAGGUAAUAUGUGCCAUUCUCCUGCCCAUGGAGGGAACUCGCUGCAUCCAAAGCAUAUUCAGAAAUGGCAGCAUGGCUUUUUGUUUGCAGUUGGUUUUUUAAGUCAGUAACUUAUUGGAGAAAAUCAGUGCAGGGAAUGAGAUGGACACACUUUUUACACAGAGACAUGUGUAGUUGAACUACAAUGAAAUGAUAAAGGAGACUCUUAGUGAUCACAGUUAUGUGAUGGAAAGCAGCUUCCCAUCUAGUUCUACAAGCUUCCCAUCAAGUUCUACAAACCUGGAAACACAUAUAAAAACAAAUUCUCUUGUCCAUCUUACAUGCUGAUCAUAAACUCAUCAUUUGGAAGCAAGUACAAUUCGCUGAAAUGGCAGUGAUGCCCAAGGUCAAGAUGCCAGUAUCUGUGUUUUAUUUGGGAAAUCGUUAGUUUGAAAGUUGUAUACAGUUUCUGUAGUAAGCAUGUAUUAUUACACUGUAUCUUUUGAUAUAGCCAUGCAAAGUAUUUGUGAGAAUCGGGAUACAAUGUUUCGCCCCACUCAAGCCUGAGAAUCAUUUUGAAGACAUCAGGGUGUUUGUUUGUUUUGUUUUGCUGUUUAUGGAAUAUACUUCCCAUAUUAACCAGCGUUCUCAGCCUCAGUUGCAUGCUUAUUCUGAGCCAUGAGCCUGAUUUCCCCCAGGAUCUCCAGUUAAAACUGGAUCAUCUCAAGUAGACAUGCAUGGAAAUACAUUGGAAAGCCACUACCAAUAAGAAGAGACCCUGCUGAGCCAGAUGGACCAGUAGAGGCAAUGGAGCAGAUUUUGGAAUUAAUGCGGAGCUACAGCGGGGAGAAGAGAGAAUAGGCAGGAGAAUCUCCAUUUAUGCAAACUGAUUUUUUGUUGUGCAGGCAGGCUGACACCAUUGGAUGUCACCCCAUAUACUAGACUUCAGGAACCACCAGUGUUUUCUGCAGCAGUUGCAAACUGUGGAACACCCCAGACAUGCCAUGAGCAUUGCCUGUCAAAAGUGAAUGAUGAUAACUAUCGGUUUGUCUAGUGACAAAGGACCAAUUCACACCACAAGUUUCCUCACCCCCACUGUGCAGAGAUUCUUCACAGCUACAUAGGAUGGGGUGGCCAGAUGUGGCCCUCCAGGGGUCCCUGUCUGGCUUUCAGGAUUGUCCCCAGGAUACACGCAAGCCAGACACCCGAUUGGCUCUGUUUCAUGCCUUCCCUGAGUGCCUCUGCCUUGCUGGAAUGUGACCUUGAACUGUGACAAUGCCUCUUGCUUGCCUGGAUAGAGAGAGGGUGAAGAAGCCUCUUAAUUUUGUGUGCUUUUGCCUGCUGCAUAAAGGUAAGAGUUGCAUCCAUUGCUCUGGCCCUGCUCACCACUGGCACGAGCAUUGUGCAUGAAGGAAUACAACCCCCACACUGAAAAAUGCUCCCCGCCCCAACAUAGGAACCUACCUUAUACAAAGUCAAGCCAUUCAACCAUUUAGCUCAGUAUUAUCAACAGUAACUAGUAAUGAGUCUGUAAGGUUUCAGGUAGGCAUUUUCCCCAGCCUUAUCUGGAGAUGCCAGGGAUUGAACCUGGGACCUUUUGCAUGCAAAGCAAAUGCUAUACCACUGAGCUACAGUCCUUCCCUUAUGAACAUACUGCCCUACAGCUAGAGCUUCAUGUUAUCUGGAAUCUUCAUGGAGUUCGGUUCCUUCAGCAAGUGUCAUAAACCAAUGUCCUCUUUGCAACCAUAUAACAACUUUUUUUUCUCUUUUCUUUUGGUCUGGCAUAAUACCUGGAGGUGUGGGAUAAAUGAUUUGUGGAGGCCUAAAGCUUAGUUUGUGGGGGCACGCUCCCAGCUCCUUUUUAUUUUGCAGAUACAUUGGCAAGAUGAGAGCCUAGAGCCCUUGACUGUGUAGUGUGCCAAAAUUAGGCACUGAACUGGAUGUGACACUGGGGUGUAUAAAAAAGGACAACCUCCUGGAGAUGUGGGUAUAUCAUCUGGUGUUGUCAAGCAUUAAAUAACGUUACAACAAACGAACAAACAAACAAACAACCCAACACCCAACCAUUUUGAUUGCAGAGAAUUCUUGUGCAUCUCAAGAGGACCAUCCCUGGUCUUGGAGAUAUAUGAUUAGGGAAAGUACAAAGCUUUUUUAGUGGUGCAGUGGUACCUCAGGUUACAGACGCUUCAGGUUACUGACUCUGCUAACCCAGAAAUAGUACCUCGGGUUAAGAACUUUGCUUCAGGAUGAGAACAGAAAUUGUGCAGCAGCAGCGGGAGGCUCCAUUAGCUAAAGUGGUACCUCAGGUUAAGAACAGUUUCAGGUUAAGAACGGACUUCUAGAAUGAAUUAAGUUCUUAACCCGAGGUACCCACUGUACAAGUGUGUUCCUCAUUACCACUGAUUAUGCAGAUACUUCAGUUCCUCAUUACCACUAAUUAUGCAGCUCUGUUUCAACCCUUCAUGGGAACUAGGAAUAAGGAACUGGGAACUACUAACCAACAUCAGCCUUAUUCCUGAUGAAAAGUUAUGGAGAACAUGACGGUUUGCUCGAUAUUUUGUGACACUUUGAUUGGUUCCAAUAAAGGUAUUACCCUACCCUGCCCUGAUUUCCCCCCACCUAUGGAUCUGGAUCAAUGAUAUGGAGACAUCAACAUUCAUGAUACUUUGCAAGAGGACAGGUCCCUCCCCAAGGAGCAUUCAGUCUAAAAUUCAACACAGGAAAAGGCAACAGAAGAAGGGGAGAGGAGUGAAGGCAGGGGUGAACAGGAGCAGAAUGUGCAAUUAUUUCAGUUAUACGUACUUAGGAUUAGUUAUAGGCUUAGGUUCUUAUUUUGGAAAAUCAUACAACUUGUGCCAGGGGCUUGUGCUUCACUUAAAUAAAUAAGUGUUGCUAAAUUGUGGAUUACAGCACUAUAUUGAACUAUCUGGCAAAGGCUUCAGGUAUUUGAUUUUUCACUGACAUUUUCCCCUGUAAAAAGAAUGUCUCUGCAUUGAUUUGCAGCCAGCACGAUCCAGUGGAUUAUUGGCCUUUGAUCUAGGAGAUUUGGGUCCAAGUUCCACUUCCUCCUCAGCUGGUUGACUUGAGAUAAAAUUUGUUGACUUCAACUUCCCCAUCACCAAAAUGGGAAUAACAGAAUUCCAUUGGAUGGGGAUAGUUGCUAGCGUGAUGAAGCAUGGAAAGCUUUGUGCAACAUCAGUGAUUAAAUUUAUAAAAGGGGGGGGGGGGAAGCAAUCUUGCAUUCUCUGUUACCUGUUCCUUCCCUUACCCACCCCUUUCAACAGUCUUCACUGGGCUAGUUUUUUUUUUUAAUUUAUACAAUAGCCUAUGUAAUUGUACUUGCAAAUCUAGGCUUAAGUAACCUAACUGGGGCCCACUUAGUUUUAAUUUAAGAGAGGGUUAUUUUCCAGUAUUCAUUUCAUCCACUCAAGUGGCACUGAGUAUCUGAUCUUCAGCUUCCACUGCCUUCCUCACACAUGCAUUCUUCCCAGCCAGUAUUAAGAAAAAAGAAUCCCCGGCAAUCUCUGCUGCAAACUCUGAACAGAGUCCUUCCAAAAAGCAUCAUACUGGCAGCGAGUGAAUUACUGGCACAAACCUCCAAAAGGGGGUGGGGAAAAUACUGUUUCAAGGAAUUGGCAUUCUUUUCAUCAGAGUACAAGUUCCAAAUAAUGGCAUCCACACCACAUUUGCUUUCCAGUUACUUGUUAUGUAAUGGCUUGCUUUGGUUAGUUGUGUAGGAAGUCGAAUAAAUUAUAUUGCGACAGUGUCUUUAAUAAGCAUUUGCUGGUACAAAGGGACAUUUUAUUUAGCUCUGUUCUGAGCCAGGGGUGGUAGUUUAGAGGUUGGAAAAGACAGCCAGGUAUAAUUCUGACUGCGUUUACUCCACUACAACACCACUGAUUUUACUAGAAUUGUAACCUUGGGCAGUAGCUCGCAAUUCAUGAAUUAAAGUCAAUAGGACAUCUAUGUGAAAUUUUGGACCUCUAAUGCUUACUGACAUUUAAAUUUUUAACAUUCACUCUCACAACUAAUUAUUUCAGAGUGAUUCCAUUAAAGUUGACAGAGCUCCUCCUCAGACACAUAAAAGGAAUCUUCAUAGAUGUGCGUCUUAAUGCAUGACACAUCGAUGGAAGACCAUAACAUGGUGUCAGAAGUCAUGUUGUAAAUUUACAGAUUCCUAACCAGACAAGGAAAAUGACACUGUUCCCUGCACCAGAAGUCUUCAGCUCUAAUAAUCCUGCACCCUGGAAGAAAUAGAAGAAAAUAUUUGCUUGCUUUUGCCUGGCCUCAGAGGAAUAGUGCACAUAAAGCUCAUCGCUUUAUGUUAUGGGGAAAGAAGCCAACAAUGGCUGCUAUUCAUGUAAACGUUUCUCAGAGCAAACCAAUUGGAUUCAACUGGUUGAUUUCAGUGGGUAUAGUCUGAGUAUGGCUAACGUUGAAUAUCGCCCAAUGUUUGCAAUUCCUUUAUCUUUGCUGAAGAGGGCAACAAGCACAACCAUAGCCAGAUUAGAUGCCUAUUUCACUCCCAAGAGGAAUGUAGCUUAUGAGAAGUCUGCUGUCGAAGACUAGUCAAAUCCUUGAGUCAUUUGUUAGGGCUUUGUCUGAACAAGACUGAGCUUACUGUUAAAAAACAUAAGAGUGCUGGUAGAGAUAGAUUGGUGGCUGUAAUUCUAGAAAAGGUCUCUCCAAUCUUUUGUCCUCCAUCAGUUAUGAACCACAGUUCCCACCAUUCCUGACUAUGGGCCAUGCUUGAUGGGGCCGGUGGGUACUGUAGAAGUGGUAUUACCCAAUUGGGACUGGUAGGGGAGAAGGCAGGGAUGCCAACUGUAGGAAGAAUUGGAGCCAAUUGCAAGCAAAACCAACUAAUGCUAGUUUUGUCUCCAUCCUCCUCCCUGUUGAGUUCCACAAGAGCAACAUCAAGACUGAGGAAGGGCAAGUGGACAGCCAGUGCCACCCCCCCCCCGGGCUGGUUGUGAGAAGGUGGGGGGUGGCUGAAGGCAGAGUGAGGUUGGUGGGGCACUGCCCCGUUCACCCCAAUGCACCAGUCUCCACUGCACUGUAGACCCAAACAUCUGGAAAGCACUAGGCUGGGGAAGGCUUUUCUGCAGAAAGGGUUCCUGAAAGAAUGUAGCUAAUAGAAGACUCAGUCCUUCACCAAGCCAUGGGGAUAAGCAAGGGAAUCAGAGUAUAUCAAAAACCCAGAGCAGGAUAGGAAAGAUAACUUUGGAGCAACUUGGAGAAGGUAACCUUUACUCCAUAAAACAUGAGAAGAAGAGGUGGUAAUUUUGAAAAAGAGUAGAUUCAUACUCGCGGGUGGCGCUGUGGGUAAAACCACAGAGCCUAGGACUUGCCGAUCAGAAGGUCGGCGGUUCGAAUCCCCACAAAGGGGUGAGCUCCCGUUGUUCGGUCCCUGCUCCUGCCAACCUAGUAGUUCGAAAGCACGUCAAAGUGCAAAUAGAUAAAUAGGUACCGCUCCAGCGGGAAGGUAAACAGCAUUUCUGUGUGCUGCUCUGGUUUGCCAGAAGCGGCUUAGUCAUGCUGGCCACAUGACCCGGAAGCUGUCUGUGGACAAACGCCGGCUCCCUCGGCCUAUAGAGCGAGAUGAGCGUGCAACCCCAGAGUCGGUCACGACUGGACCUAAUGGUCAGGGUUCCCUUUACAUUUACCUUUAGAUACAUACUGGAAGUCCAAGAAAAAGCAAUCCUGCCAUUUAAAAAGUGUUCUGCAACACAAAGAUACCCUUUCAAACAGCAUGCACGAGUUGUGUAAGAAUUCACAGAGGAGUUUGCCCCAGUGAUGGGAGUGUACAUUUCAGGAUGUGCUCCCAAAUACGCUAUUUUGCUGUGUUCAAAAGUGACCGUAGUAGUGGAUGUCUUAUUUUUCUUAGGUUCCAUAUUUUGUAAAGACAGUAACCCUUCCUGAAGAAUAUAUUUGGGACAAUCAUUGUUCCAAAAGUGAUUUAUGAGCUGAUGGGACAGCAAUUUAAGAGGGAUGACCUACAGAAGAUUCCAGAGCACCCCACCCCUUAUUUACAUAAAGCAGAAACCAUUUUACACAGGUGUCACUUAUUUAUGCUUUACAACACAAACAAGCUACAAAGAGAAGCAGAUAUUGUUCACUGAGUAUGCAAUAGUCAUAACCUGGAUAAUCUCAGUCAUGGAGAAGCUCCAAGUAUGAGUCUACAGAAGACAGUAGGGGGUGGGGGCGGAGAUAUGUUUGGGGACACUGGUCUACGUAAAGGAGAUCCUGUGGACAUUGCUUUAACCAAACCAUAUAAGAUACAAGCACCCUGAAAGGUAGAAGUGGAGCUGGAACAGAUGAAGGAGCAUAACAUAAUGAAGGAGAUUAUGUUAAGUUUUCAGGAAGCAUUCCUCCCAAGCAGUGUGGAAGGUUACUGUUGGAAUUGGGGAUGUGGAAGCUAAUGUGCGCACGCAGUGCUUAAUGCAUGGCCUUCUGGUUUCUGAAGCACUUGGCUUAUUUGAAAUAUGACAUCUUAGCCAAAUGUUUAAAUGAGUAAGCAGGGGGAUAAUUGCAUUUCCAUCUAGAGCAAGCUCUUUAAGGUGGCAAUACUGCACAGUACAGUAAAGGGGAUGUGUGGUAGAAAAUCCUUUCUGACCCUGCCUGGCAGCAAAAGGAGGAGGAGCCCCUGGUACAUUAAUCCCAGUCUUGGGGACACCGUGUUACAUUGUAGGCAGCUGGGACAGCAACCAAGAAACCUCCUUCUUAAACAUAGAGCUGCCUUUGUCUCAAGGCUAGACAGGGAGCUGUUGUAAAACUGAAGGCAUUCUCUCCCUCUCUCUCUUUCUAUUUAAAAAGUUCAAUUGCUGAACUAGCAUAGAUAUCCUGUGCACAAGCUGUGCACCCAGUGUCUGAAAUGUGUUAAAAUGAAAGAUGUGAAAAAGAUCCUCAAUGGGAUAAAAUUACUCUCACCCCUUUUCCAUUCUCCUGCAGUAAUCCAAAAUGUGUUUCAAAUAGCAAGAUAAUCUCAGUUUAUCAAUGGCAUAAAUAACACUAACUCAUUCUUAUGCCUCUGUUCAACAGAAAGCUAUCAAAAUUGGUACCAUCACCAUUUGUAAUUAACAGAAAUGUAUGGACAAUAUGACUUUGACAUACUUGUUCAAAACUUUUUCUAUACAGUGGUACCUCGGGUUAAGUACUUAAUUCGUUCUGGAGGUCUGUUCUUAACCUGAAACUGUUCUUAACCUGAAGCACCACUUUAGCUAAUGGGGCCUCCUGCUGCCACCGCGCCGCUGGAGCACGAUUUCUGUUCUCAUCCUGAAACAAAGUUCUUAACCCGAGGUACUAUUUCUGGGUUAGCUGAGUUUGUAACCUGAAGCGUAUGUAACCUGAAGCGUAUGUAACCUGAGGUACCACUGUAAUUUUUUUGGCAAUGUCUAACUAAUAAAACACAUGCAUUAUUUAUGUAGCAUUUUAGAGUGUUGAAAUGCACCUAUGCAUUCUUCCGGUAAUCCUUACAGAAACCAUACAAGAGAGGACAAUAUCAUCAUCAUCAUCAUCAUUAUCAUCAUCUCCCUAUUGCAGAUGUAAGAUGGUGGGUGACAUGUGACAUAAAGGGGCUUGCUUAAGCCUCGAUCACUUAAUGAGUAUGUGACUGAGAAAAGAUUUCAGCUAAACACUUCCUGGAUCAUGGCCCGUACGCUUAAGCCCUAGAGUGCACCAUCCCUAUUCAGACAUCAAUCUGUGUACAAAUGAAUGUGUGGAGUGAGAGAUUUGGGGUCCCAUGCUGGCCAACAAGUCUCAUCAUGUGCACAUAAUCUAUACCAGUGUACAGCAUUUUGAUCCCCUGCUCUGUUGUAGAUCUUGCCUGCUUUCCUCUCUUCUCUUUGACCUCCUCCUUCUGCACUUCCUUUUCCCUUUUAAACAUUUUCAAAAAUUUAUUUAUCAUAAGCAUAUGUACACAUAACCAAACAAACGGAACCAUAUAUGGAGCAUAGUCAGCAUAAGAAACAAAGAGAUGUAGUUACAUACAAUGGUACCUCAGGUUAAUUACUUAGUUCGUUCCGGAGGUCCGUUCUUAACCUGAAACUGUUCUUAACCUGAAGCACCACUUUAGCUAAUGGGGCCUCCUGCUGCCACCGUGCUGCCAGAGCACGAUUUCUGUUCUCAUCCUGAAGCAAAGUUCUUAACCUGAAGCAAUAUUUCUGGGUUAGCGGAGUCUGUAACCUGAAGCGUAUGUAACCCGAGGUACCACUGUAUUGCUGUUUUGAUUUCCCGUUUAGAGGACCAUUGCUGCCUUUGUUCCUGCAGCAUUUGUAAACAAAGUAUUCACUUUUACUAAAGUGUGCUGAGUUGCAUCACUAUCUUGAGUGAUAUAUUUAAUGAAUGAAGUAUGCGUGUAUGAUUAAAGUGUUUUAUAUUUUGUUGCAAAUGGUUGUGUCCCUCUCGAUAUUGCAUGUAAUGAGAGGCAGGAUGUGAACCUUAUAAAUAAAAUAAAAUAAUAAAUAUUAGAUGUGGCCAUUAGGCUGCAGUUCUUGAAAGUAAGUCCCACUGAACUCCACAGGGCUUACUUCCAAGUAGACACACAUAGGCUUGCAUGGUUAAAGAGCAGACUUUCCUAAGGUCCAAAUCCAGUUAAUCUGAUUAGCGAUGUUUACCGCUCCUAAAUGGAUAAUUACCCUGCAUCACAUUGACUGGAUUAUUUUUCUCAUACUCCCCCCCCCCCCGCUCCUUUUCAGUUUUCAUAAAAUGGAAACAUUUUAAAGCAUUGCUUCUACCAUUAGCCAACUCAGUGUUGUCAUUCAGCCCGGCUGCUUAGAAAGACUUGGUUACACUUGUAUGAGUAAAUAUAGACUGCAAUGGAAAGUGUAGAAAUUGAUACUAAUUUAGAUAAGCAUACCUGAUCUGCUAUUAAAUUUGAAUGCAUGGAACUGAACCUGAGCAGUAAAAGUUAGCAAACUAUUUUCCAUCUGUAAAGAUUGCCAGGUCUAUUGAAGCUGCUCAGGCAACCCUCUAACCACAAGAUAGUCACAGUAUGCGGAAUCCAGUAUGUGGAAGCCAAGUGCAGUGUAAAUCUAUGACCAAGCAGGGGAUUUAUUUAUAUUACAGCACACAUUGGGAUGCUUACCUCUAACCCAAACCCACCGAUGCUUCCCCAAACAUGCUGAAAGCUGAAUACUGUGUGUGGUAAUACCUCACUACAGACUGGCAGUCGCCACAAGCAUCCAUGCCAAGUGUAUGUCCUGAAGUUCCCAGAUGCCUGCUGGUUGUGUGAAUGUGUCCUGGCUGUAGCAUAAUAGCUUUUGUUGUUUGUGCUGGAGAUUUUAUUACAUUCAGUUGCACUAUUAGCUAGGAGAUACGCCAAAGGCACCAUAAUUUCCUAAACAUCCAGUGCCUAAACAUAUGCACUAAUGUGCAUUUGUCUGUGUCAGCAACAUAACAUGCACCAGCCUACUCUUUUAAUAUUUUGUUAUGCUAGCUGCACAGAUGUAUGCAUACAUGAUUUCCUUGCAAAACUGAUACGAUAUCAAAAUCCAUAAAACCAUCCGAAAAGCAACUAGCAAUCAAUUGACUGCUCAGUUUUUCUGAUCGUCAGAUAAUUGUAAAAUAUUCUAAGAAUGAUGCUGUGUCGAUGUGGGUCAAUUAAUUUUUACUUAAUUAUGGUUCCAUUUGUCAGUAAGAGCAACAUGUCUCGUAGCCUGCAGCACUCGGGGAUAAACCUAGCAGCACAGCAAGACUUCUCCCACACUGGCCCGCUGCUAUAACUGUAGGAAUCACCAAACAAGAUCACAAGCAGUCUUCGGGGACAAAGGUCAUUGCCUAGUGGAUGCAACAGAGCCAGGGAAUUAUUUUCAGCCUAAGGGCUUUGCUCCCUCAUAGGCAGGGCUUGCCCAAACAUUUCGUCACCUGAGGCAAACCACAAAACAGUGGCCCCCCCUUCCCACCAGGGAUGAAUGGGUGAGGGAAGAUGUUCAUCAGGAACAAGGGGCAAUAAAGAUUUACAAUGGAACCUGCUGCCCAUGUGAAUCCUGCCACCCGAGGCAAUCACCUCAGCUUGCCUCAUGGGUGGGCUGGCCCUGGUUGUAGGCAAUUUUUCAGGGGCUUCUUUCUUGAGACUGGUGGGCAGGGCCUGAGGGAAAAGUAACCAGAGCAAUUAAUGCAACCUUUCCUUGUAUAGUAGGCUGCACUGCAGUCACACCAAAGCCAGAGGUUUCUAUAUGCACAUUCCUCCAGCCAGGCAAGCAAGAAGGACAUUAUUACAAUUAAGCAAUGUCUUCCAGUCAUGCAAGAGCACUCAGGGAGGUUGUUGAGCAGGGCCAGUGAGUGGUAUGUGGCCUGGAGAGAAUCUUGAGGAUCAGAGAGGACUGCUGUUUGGCCCCUAGGUCUACACUCCUGGUGUAGAUCAUGGGGCUAGGAUGAGGAAGACCCAGUUCCAAAUUUCUCCCUAAACAUGAAGCUCAUUAGGUGACGCUAUAUAAAACCAUGUUUAUGGAAGACAAUCUUACUUGGCUACGAGUGAUCGCCAAAGGAGAAGAAGAAGAUAGAAAUAUAUGCCUUACAAAUAGCUGGAGAUAAAUCUUUACUUGUCAUGCUGGCCCCAGUUGAACAACAAGUAUUAUUUACAUAUGCAUUCAUGAAUGGAAUGCAUUUCUCUCCCUUGAGCUCAAGAGAGGAUUUAGUCCUUUUUUGCUUUCAAAACUCCUUCAUAGCAAUGCAUAAGUUAUUCACCCAUUAACUUGCCUGUCCUCACAGUGUCCUCCAGACAGCAUCCCCACAAUUCUCACUUUCACAGUUAAAGAUAGAACUAACAAAAUAAACUGCCAACUGCCACCUCUUUUCCCCAAUACCGUUUUUUUUUUGUGUGUAAUACAUUUACGCUACAAAUACACUACAAAUAACUAACAGUGCUGAGCGCGUCACACACAUUCCCUGCCUAAGAAGAGGGCAAUUUGUGAAGAUGAACGGCAACUAUGCAUGCUGGGCUAAGCUCCUUGCAGAAAGGGCAGGGUGAAAGUUUGUUAAAAUAAUGUAUUCUAUUUUAAAACCCAUUAUUUCAUGGUAGCAGCCAUCUAACUUGUUUUUUGUAGCUAGCGUAAGCCUCAAACUUGUUGGUAGAUUUCUUUGAUGUUGCACUCAAGUAGAAAGCCAACAUUUUAAAUUCUAAGAAUAAACAAUAGAAGUGAUUUAUUUAUUUACUAUACACAUUUACUUAUUAUACAAAUUUAUAGCUUGCUUAAUAAGAUAAUAUUCAGCAGUGAACAACAUAAAAUCUCAUGAAACAAUAUUUGUUCAAUAUGUAAAAUACAAUUCAGUGAGAAAACAAUACAUGUAAUUUUAACUAUGCACUGUGUGAAGAAGUACCAUAAUUCCUUUUAUUUAUCUGGAACCUUCCAACAUUCCAUUUCAUGGGAUGCCCACAAUUUCACGUGUUUUGAGAGAGGGAGAAAUACUUUUCUCUAUCCAAUUUCCCCAGGCCAUGCAUCAGUUGCAAAUUUCUGUCAUGUCACCCUUUCUCUCAAUGGAAAAAGUCAAAAAUUAUGGAACCUUUCCUCACAGCAAAGUCACUCCAUCUCCUUGAUCAUUUUGGUUGCCUGUUUCUGAAUCUUUUCCAACUCUGCAAUAUCCAUUUUGAGGUGAGGUGAGCUAAAACCAACCUCCCCCAGUCCGAUGCCUUUCAGGCGUUAAGACCAGUGGCGAAGCUGCAUGCUCUGGCACCGGGGUGGAGAGCAGGCAGGGGCGUGGUUGGCGCCCGUCCCGGGGGGCAUGGCACGUCACCUGCGGGGGCGCGGCAUGUGUCCUGGGGUGUGUGGCAUGCUGCCCAUGGGGGUGUGGCAUGCAUCCCGGGGGUGUGACGUGCCACCCACAGGGGCAUGGCAUGUGUCCUGGGGGCAUGACACACUGCUUGUGGGGGCUUGGCGCCCAGCGCUGUGGGGGAAAGUCCACCAAGCAUGUCCGGGGGGGGGGGCGGGCGCAAUGGUAGUCCUCUCCCCGAUGGUGUUGGGGGCGGUGCGCUCCCCCCGCCCCCCAUUCCUCCGCCAGUGGUUAAGACUCCCAUCAGCCUCAGCCCCCAUGUCUGCAGCUGAUGAAAAUUACAGUCCAAAACAUCUGGAGGGCACCAGAUUGGGGAAGAAGGAUUCUUCAGAUACUCUCCCCAGAUAAAUCUUCCUUAAUUACAAAUUAAGCUGAUGUUCCACUAUGAAGUAGGUAGAAUAGAAUAGGAUUACUUUUAAAUGGAUUGCACUAAUCUCCUUUCCGGGCCAGGCUCAUUUUGCAGCAUUAAGAGCAGGGAGAUUCCAGAGCUGCAAACAUCAUAUUUUCUUAAUUUGGCCAGAUUUUGUGUGUGAUACAUAUGUUUGCAACACUUCAUUAUAACAGGGUUGUUUUCUUUUUUAAAAAAGACAGUAAAAUAACUAUGGAAUGUGUGCUAGACAAUCGUCUAAUAAAUACUAGGAUCAUAGAAUUGUAGAGUUCGCAGGGGUUCUCAGAGUCAUCCAGUCCAACCCCUUGCAAUGCAGGAAUUCUGCACACAGACACACUGACCACAGAGAUGGCUUACUUAGUAUAAAGGGUACACACAAACCCCUUUUUGUGUUUUUAUUUAUUUUGAAGGAAAGGCUUUAGUGCUGGGACUUUGGGCUCAAAGAUACCAGCGUGUUUGCUGUUUCUUCUUUGCUAAAAUAUUUUGAUCAAUGUCACUUCAUUUCAGUCUUUCCAGUUAGAGAUGGUGUAUGGAAUGCUUUUUGUGAAAUACCUGGUAUCUGUGGAUAUCCCCUCAGUGCCACCUUCCACUCAAGGUUCCCAGGUGCAUUCCUACCAUUAAUAAAACACUGGAUUAGGAUAUUCUACUAGUUGAUUCAUAAGUUUCACCAUCUGAGCAGGAACAAGAGUCAGCAAAACUAAGCAAAUAUGCACUAAAGGAAAAGAACGAACGAGCAUUUUUGUUUUUGUUUUUCUCAAACUUGCAAUUAAUGUAUUUUUCGCUCUAUAGGACGCACUUUCCCCCCUCCAAAAAUGAAGGGGAAGUGUGUGUGUGUCCUGUGGAGCGAAUGCAGGCUCCUUGGCUUCAGCAAUAGCAACACGAAGCCUCCAAAGCGCAGAGGGAGCGCUCCCUUCAUGCUACGGAGGCUUCGCGUUGCUUUCGCUAAAGCCUGGAGAGUGAGAGGGGUCGGUGCACACCAGCAGAGAGGGAGAGCUGCGCAGCGCCCCUUCAGCGAAGCGGGAGGAGAAAUGGAAGGGGCUCCGUUUCUCCUGCCGCUUCGCUGAAGGGGCGCUGAGCAGAGAGGGGGAGAAUUUUUUCCCCCUUGUUCUCCCCCUCUAAAACAAGGUGUGUCCUAUGGUUGGGUGCAUCCUAUAGAGCGAAAAAUACGGUAAAUUCCAGAUUUGGAAGCAGAAUAGAAUUAGGAUGCAAAUAUGCACUCUUAAUAGCAGGCAUACAGUGGAAAUAAGCUUAUAGACUCACUUGCUUUUGGGUUUCUUUCUCCCAAACAGGUCCAGGGAUGGUCAGUAUCCAUAGAAGUCUAUCCUUUCACACUCAGCAAGAAGGCUGGCCACAAGUUCCCAAUUUACAAAAUUGCAAUGCGGAGAAUGUUAGCCGCUCUGCCUUACUCUGAAGCAAUAUUAUUGUAAUAGUAAUAGGCAUAUUAGGCUAUUAAUCUAGUGGACCUUGCCCCAUUUUGGUUAGAAGAACACUAUUCAGUGUGGGAUUUUAAUUUAUUCCUCUUGACUCAGAUCAGUUCUCUUUAAAAACCACUGUGUUUUGCAAAAACACGGUUGAAAGUUUGGAAAUGGGUUAUACAAGAAAGGGUUAAUGGAGCCAGAAGUAAUCUGUCAAAGUUAACAAGUACCUCCUUUGUUAGAGAGAUUGGCAGAUUGCUUACAAUAGCAGGAUCUUCUUGAGUCUUCUGAAAGGCUAGGACAGUGAUGGUGAACCUUUCAGAGACCGAGUGCCCAAACUGCAACCCAAAACCCACUUAUUUAUUGCAAAGUGCCAACACGGCAAUUUAACCUGUAUAUCUCAUUUUUUUCUGUGUGUUUCAUGUUUCUUCUUUAUGACUGCUGUUGUAAUAAAUAAUAAUUCAUAAAAGUUAUUGCAUUACAUUCUUCAUUAAAUUAUCCUUCCAUUGAUAUAUAAUUUUAUGGUAUAACUCAGCGCUUUUUUCUAAAAAAAUGUUUAGGGGUACAGUGGUAUCUCGGGUUAAGAACUUAAUUCAUUCUGGAGGUCCGUUCUUAACCUGAAACGGUUCUUAACCUGAGGUACCACUUUAGCUAAAGGGGCCUCCCACUGCCACUGCGCUGCCGCCAUGCGAUUUCUGUUCUCAUUCUGAAACAAAGUUCUUAACCCGAGGUACUAUUUCUGGGUUAGCGGAGUCUGUAACCUGAAGCGUCUGUAGCCUGGAACGUCUGUAACCCAAGGUACCACUGUACUCUCAUUUUGACCCAAGAAAAUCACCACGGGGGUGGGGUGGGGAUAAAUACAGUUCAAAUUGGGAAAUAUAAAUACAAUUCAAAUUGGGAAAAAUAAAUACAGUGGUACCUCAGUUUUCGAACAGCUUAGUUCUCAAACUGCUUGGAACCUGAAUACUUCAAACCCGGAAAUGAGUGCUCCGGUUUUGAAACUUUUUUCAGAAGCCAAAUGUGCUCUGUUCUGAGUAUAACUUCCAUUUUGAGUGCCACACUUCCGUUACAUGAGCAGGCAAGGCAUAUCGCCGCCACCCCCUCCCCAGCCUGCUCCUGCAUGCAGGCAAGUAGGCAUGGGAUUGGGCUGCUCUGCUAGGCAGCAUUGCUGCUUGCAUGGGAACAGGAGCUGGAUCGGGGCUGCUCAGCUGGGGAGAUGCAGGCUCCGUCACACUUUCCAUUGAGGGGUUCAUGACUGCACUCCCCUCAAGGGAGAAGUUUAAAGGAGCCCCACCUCCACAUCAGAUCCCCUGCAACCCUGUGAAGGCAGCCAGGCUGAAUAGUUGCUGGGGUUGGGGAAGGUGGAGGAAGCCCGGAAGCUGCAUCUGAGAGCCCCUGCACCAUCUGAAGGCAGCCAGGCGCGCCUCAACUGAGCUGCCCGAUGCCACUCCUACUUGGGUGCAAGCAGGAGUGGAGGUGGGAAUCUCUCAGCACGAAGCCUCCACUCCAUUUCUGAGAGAUCCCUGCCUCCCCUCCUGCUUGCACGCAAGCCCUCUUCUCCCCCUCCUCCCCCCCCAGCACAGGAGCUACAGCCCUGCACGCAUGCCCACAGAGAGGCCUCUGAGUGCCCUUUCUGGCACACAUGCCAUAGGUUUGCCACCACUGGGCUAGGAGAUACCUGAAACAGGGCCUGACUUUCUCCCCCAACUCCUAGGUAAAGAUUAUGUCAUCUAUGUCUGUAUAUAGGAAAACACAGACCACAGUUUUGGAGUGCGGAAGAAGUUACAGGAGGAGCCUUCACACGUUACAUUCAACAACUGUGUAGUCCGUGUGCCUCCGUACACAAUAGUCCAGGUGUACAGUGGUACCUCAGGUUACAAACGCUUCAGGUUACAGACUCCGCUAACCCGGAAGUAGUACCUUGGGUUAAGAACUUCACCUCAGGAUGAGAACAGAAAUCGCGUGGCGGCGGAGGCAGCGGGAGGCCCCAUUAGCUAAAGUGGUACCUCAGGUUAAGAACAGUUUCAGGUUAAGAAUGGACCUACGGAACGAAUUAAGUCUUAACCAGAGGUACCACUGUACAAAUCAAGAAGUGUUACACUCUUGUAAAUGUGUAGAAACAGGUUGUGUUCAGUGUAACCCUAGAAAAAGCUGUGUUUGGGGGCUCGGUAAGCUAACAGCAUUUAGGGCGCCAUCUCUGUCUGGGGAAAUGGAUUUGGCCCUCUGUUUGAUUGCUUAAGCUGGGGCUCAACCUGCACAUUUCUAAUUAAACGCAAAUAUUAGAAAACUCCAUAAGCCUCCAAAGUAAAAUUAGACCUGGGCAGCAAGCAGGCAUCAGGUGAAACAAUGAGGGAACAGCAGUGAGGCAUUGAAGGAUAAAUCUCCUUGUGAACAGCCUGCCCUCCCUAAGUUAACCUGCUCCCUGCCCCCCUGGGUGAUAGAUGAAGUCAGAUUCAGCUGCCAGCCUGGUCAGCAUUUUUCUGUGGAAUGGGGUGGUGCCACUAUAUUGUUCCUCAGCUCGGGCAACUAAAUUUCUUGGGCUGGUCCUAUCUCCCAACAUUGCUGUUCUAUUAGUGAUAUGGCCAUUAGGGUUUAAUUACACCAAUUUGUGUGUAACAUGUAAAUUUGCCAUCAUGCACAGCAGAUGGACAAAAGGAGUCAGACAGCAGAGUUGGGGAGUAUUUCAAGAGAAAAGACACACGUCCUACUUAUUCGAGCUCUGACACAUCAUAUCUUCACUUUGUUGUAUUCUACUUAAAUAGCAUAACUGAAUAUGGUUCCCUUUUGGGUUUAGGGAGAGUUGAGAAACAGAAUUAUCUGCACUGUGUAAAAACCUAGACAGAAAGUGGUUAGCUUUUUAAAAAAAAAGUUUAAGAAAAGCUUUUAGAGUACAAACAAAUUGAGAAGCACUGAAUAGCUUGAUCUUAAUUGCAUGUGACACAUUUUGAGUUAGAAAAGCAAACUUAAAAAAAACCCACAUCCUUCUUACGUGAUCCUGUCUCUUUUUUCUCCCCUCAUAUCUCAGGAGAUAUUAUAUGCUCAGUCAUGUGGGAAAUAGUUCUGUUGUUACAUAACUUUUCCUUCCAAUGUGUAUAAAAUAAAAACUCCAUAUAGUAAGUCUUCAUCUCUGAGAUUGAGGAAAUGACCUGAGUAUGACACAUCUCCCUGCACCUUACUUAUACUAAGAUUAAUGUUUUCAGUUCUCUGAGAGCUGGUCUAGAUGGAGGAGGGAACUUUUCAGAGAGAUUUUGCCAUGGUGGAAUACUGCCAGAUCAUAUAACGCUGGUUCACACAUGCACACCUGUCAUUUGAUGACUGUGCCAUCAAGUGAUAACUUGCAUGUGUGUGUGAAUAGACCAUCAUGGAUCUGAAGCCAUACCACAUAUAGAACAUUAUUGUGAUCCUGUGUCACUUUAAAUGCAGCAUUUUCAGAUGGAGUCAGUUCACACAUUCAGCAUCAGCUGCAUCAAGUGUUGCUGGGUAAUCAAAUAAUGGGAAAUAAAGUAAUAAUUCAUAAGAUAGCUGCAAUCCUUACAGCAACAUCACAAAAUGAAUCAAAAUUGCUAGUAUUCCCCAUAUUGUAGAAAGGCUGAGACAGAGAGAGCAGCUUGUCUAAGGGCACCUAAUGAGUUCAUGGAAAGGUGAGAAAUGAGCUGGGGACUUCUUGCUUUGCAUCUCAGUCUCUUCUCUGCUGUGCAAUGCCAAGUAGCUUAGUAUUGCAGUCACAGCAAUUACACUAAAUUCAACAAGUUCACUCAUUAACAAGGACUGAAGGGAAAGCAGCAGUUGUAUAGAUUUCGUUCACACCAAAAAAAAAAAAAAAAAAAAAGCUUGAUGGAAAAUAAUUUCAUGUGGUUAAUGUGCACAGCAAGUGAAAAUAGCAUUUUUACAGGAAAGCCUCUUAGAUGCAGAAGUUUUUCUUCCCAACGAAUUCCCCUUUUGUAUUUCCCAACCUUCAUCCACCAGUACCAAUAAACCAACAUGUCCCUCAUAUGUAUUAAAAUUCAGCCUUGGGCAGAGAUUUGUCCACUGGCAUUAGAAUUCAUGUUAAUAGUGAUAUUGUUCCUAUUUUGUGUAAAUACCACUUAUGUUACCUAAUAAUAAAUUCAAGCUUUUGUGCUUUGAUUUUACAUUUGUUAUAAGCCACAUAGAGAUGAACAAAAUAUUGUUACAUUUCUAAAAUGUCAUGUUAAAACUUUGGACAAUGGGAUCUCUGUGAAACAGAAGCAGUAAGAGAAGGCUAAAGUUGAGGUUCUCUGUUUUCUCACACUCCAUGCUUCCUGACUCAGCUCCUCAUCUGAAACUAUUUUUUGUUGAAACCAGCUAGCCUUGGGAACACAGUUCCCUGAUAAGUUUUAGUAUGAUAGACAUAUUUGGAAAUUUGUAUUUAUCACAUUUGCACCUUACAUUUCUAGGUGUACAUUUAAAAUGUUUUAAUAGUAAUGUAGGGCAGCUGCAGGCAAAUGUUUCAACUCAAACUAUUUGAAGAUAUAUUCUUAUGGAUAUAGGUUAAAUCAUCUUAAGGUUAAAGGUAAAGGACCCCUGGAUGGUUAAGUCCAGUCAAAGGUGACUAUGGGGUUGCUGCACUCAUCUUGCUUUCAGGCCAAGGGAGCUGGCAUUUGUCCACAGACAGCUUUUCAGGUCAUGUGGCCAGCAUGACUAAACCGCUUCUGGCACAACAGAACACCAUGACGGAAACCAGAGUGCACAGAAAUGCCGCUUACCUUCCUGCCACAGUGGUACCUAUUUACCUACUUGCACGGGCGUGCUUUCAAACUGCUAGGUAGGCAGGAGCUGGGACAGAGCAACAGGAGCUCACCCUGUUGUGUGGAUUUGAACUGCCAACCUUCUGAUUGUCAAGCGCAAGAGGCUUCAGUGGUGCCACCCGCAUCCCAAAUCAACUUAAUAGAGCAAGUGAAAAUAUAGUUUUGAUUGAAACGAUUUCUCUUUUUCUGUUAAAUCAGUAGCACUUUUGUAGAAUCGGACUGGUAUUUCCAACCAGAUAAUAGUAUUAAAAAGGAGUCUCAAAUUAACUAUUUAGAAUACAAACAGUGCAUUCUGAUAUACAGGCUGCCCUGGGACCAAUGGCAUGUAUACUUUGUAAUGACGAUUAACAGCCAAACCAUGAGCUGAAUGGCAGUACAAUUAAAUAAGAAAACUAGAAAAUAUACAUUGGUCUCCAAAUGCAACAAACCAUGCCACAAUCACUAUACCUUUCAAAGGUACUUUAAUGCUUCCCCAUCUUUCAACUGAACGUAUCUUCAACAGCAUCUUUGGGGCAUCUAUCCUGCCUUUGCUUUUGUGCAUGCAGAUUUCACUAAACAAUGCAAACUGUGUAAGUAGAUCCUCUGCAGAAUAUGGUCUUCCCUAAAGAGUGUUUGAAGAAUGCAUUGAUCCUAUUGAUACCUGUAGCUGGCAGAAUUUGCACAGAAGCUUACUAUGCUGACAACCCUUGUGGAAGAAGCCUGCCACUUAUAACAUGUUACUGCAGUACAUUAAGUGCAUAGGGUUGUGUCCUCCAUACAGGUGGUUUCAGUAGUAGCCGAAAGGCCUGUAGGAUAAUGUAUUAGGAGAUCGUCUCAAGCUUUGCCCCCAUCCUCUCGUGCUCUGUCUAUUCUGUGUUCAUUUUUGUGCUGUUGCAUAAUCAUUUCGCAAAUCGCUGCAGCACCUCGUUGGCUUAUCUUGGUUUGUAGUAUCAACAUGACAUUGGUGCAAUGUCCUGGGUCAACUCCUGUUAUGAACCACUUGUUUGCUUUUAUUGAUUUGCCCCCCACCCCCUCCUAACUUGUAAUUUUCAGUUGCCAGCCACAGCAGAUCAUGCAUCUGAGCUUACAUGGUGACUUGCCCGUUCAAACCCUCCAUAGUGUCAGCCUGUGUUGGCAGAUACUUUUGAGGCUCUUUUGCAGAAAAGAAUCUCUGCCAGUCUCAUCUGACCUCAGAAAAGGCAACUCCUAGCAACUAGCAAAAGAACAUUUCAAUCUCUCAGGAUAUUUUGCUGCUCGCCUAAAAGUUGCCAUUCUCCUAUAAAGGAAUUUCAGAGGGAGACUCUGAAAGUGUGAAAUAGCUGAAUUAUAACAGUUUGAUUCUAUUCAUUUGGACUUGAAUAGAGACAAUUGCUUCCUGCUUUUACUUAGGAAUGAUAAGGUUAUUGUGGAAUCACCAGAUACUGCUUUUGUGGUCAUUGGGAUUAUUGCUCAUUGGGAAGCAGUAAUCAAUUAAGCUUAUUCAGAGUAGACCCACUAACAUGACUAAGUUACGUCUAUUAAUUUCAGUGGCUCAACUCUGAGUCUUCCUUGGAGCUUUAAUUCUCACAAAUAGUACCUUUUGCAUUUCACUGCCACAACCUCACUGUUUACAAUUCCUCCCCUCUGUACUAGUGGAUCCAUAUAUGCCUGUCAACUGAGGUUAGCACUUCAUGCAUAAAAUGGAGAAGUUUCUAGAUUGGUUUGUGCCAUAAUAAAUCUGUUAGUCUUUAAAGUGCUUCAAGUCUCUUUGUUGUUUACCGCCAAUCUUACGUUUGCAUUAAGAUCCUAUGAAGAAGAUCCCUUUUGGAUCAGCCCAAGGAUCCAUCUUGUCCAACAUUAUUUUUCCAAAAAUGACCACCCAGAUGAAGAAAUGCAGAAAGGCAACCUCUCCCUGUUGUUUGCUGCUAGUAUUAGAUACCCAGAUGUAUGUUGGUACUCCACGUGGAGGUCAAUUUAGCUGUCGUGGCUGUAAAAAGGUAAAGGUAAAGGACCCCUGACCGUAGGUCCAGUCGCAAACAACUCUGGUGUUGCGGCACUCAUCUCGCUUUACUGGCCGAGGGAGCUGGUGUUUGUCUGCAGACAGUUUUUCUGGGUCAUGUGGCCAACAUGACUAAGCGGCUUCUGGCGCAACAGAACACCGAAACCAGAGCAGCGCAUGGAAACGCCAUUUACCUUCCUGCCAGAGCGGUACCUAUUUAUCUACUUGCACUGCUGUGCUUUUGAACUGCUAGGUUGGCAGGAGCUGGGACAGAGCAACGGGAGCUCACCCUCUCGCAGGGAUUUGAACCGCCAACCUUCUGAUCGGCAAGCCCAAGAGAUUGUACAUCUCUGUAAAUGAGGACAUAACAUACCUGACCCUUGUUUCCUUCUGCUUUCUUUUUAGGAACAUCUGAAGGCAUUUGACCAUGAAGUAAAUGAGUUUGUGGACUAUAUGUUUGGAGCUAGAGGUAGGUGUUCCUUUCAUGGUGCUACCAGGCUCUCCUCACCUGCACCAGCUCUGCUGGAGGGUCAUUAUAAUAUGUGUACCAUGGUGAUUAAAGAAAACUGGGAGAUAAAUGCAUUUAGUUCAAAAAGAAUAUAUAGCUGGUUCUGAUAACUCCUAGUGGAAUGUAUAACAGGCAGCAUAUCUCAUUUAUUUACUCCCAGGGAAUUCUUUUACAUGACACUUCACACUCUUAUAAGCUUUUUAAUAUAUAUAUAUAUAUAUCACUCUCUUAUUUCCUCAUGUAAUAUUUUAGUUAAAGAUUUGGAAGGUAGCCCUUAGUUUAAAGAAGAUAGUGACACUUUGCCAGUGCUUAAAAAAAAAUCUUUCUGUUCAGAAAUGCAGCUGGAGCAAUUGCUCAUUGUGGCUAAUAAAAAUCACUUGUUAUAGCUCCCAAGGGACAUAUAGGUACUUAAGUCUAAUGAAUUCUACCUGUGCCAAUUUGCUCAUUUGAUGAAAGGGGAAGCUUGCUUGACAGGAAGAAACCAGUGUUUCCAGUGAAAGCAAGUUGAUGUGAAUGACUUUUACCUGGUCAUAGGAGGAUACAAUUGUGAAAACAUUUGCUUUGUUGGCUACAACAAAAAGGGAAACUGCCAGGAUUUAGUAGAACCAUCAGGAUUUCAUUGUGGGAAGAGGAAACUACGUAUUUCAUAUCCAGCCAUUGACUAGUCCAGCUAUUGACUAGGUAAGCACAGAGGGAGCAUUGUGCUGUGUUGAAUUUUGAGAUAAUUCGUGUUCUUGCUGCUUUUUAGGCAACUUAAAGAGCUUAAACAGAAUAUGGUGUGAAGCUAGAAAUGUGAAUAGGCAAAAUGCUUUGUUGGGUGAGGAUAAAAGUCUAUUUCAACUGCAGCAUUGUGUUUUAAAUAGUGGCAAUUCAGAUGCCCCUGAGAAGCGGGGCUUGGAAGCAAUAGCCCUUUGGUCUUUUUUGUCCUUAUCAUCUGGUGCAGAGAGGGAUACCUCUGCAGAUCACAGGGUUCUGUUUUGAUACACUUUCUUAAAGUACAGGGUCUUGGUUGUUGUUUGUUUCAAAAGGGUGCUUCCUUAUGGGUCUUUUACCUGGAGCUGUUACCUAGCAGGUUCAGAAGUGUAACAAGUGAUCGUUGCAGCAUUGCCGUCAUUACGUCACAGCCACAGCAAGGACGGUAUUAUCCAAGUUGAUUGCUAGUAUAGUUUGUUGGCUUUGCACAAAUAGUCAACCAUAUCGGGAGACUUUGAGGUAGUUAUGCUUGGCAUUCAUCAAGGCCCGAUAAAGAAAAGGAAAAUGCAGCAUGGAUAGCAGGAAGGGAUGAGUCACCUUUUUUAAAAAAAAUCCCUAGUCAUCGACAGCUUCACUUGUGCAAAAGCUUCAGGUCAGCUACCUUAAGAAAGCGCCAAAGGCAUUUAGUUGAUAAUGUAAGGACUUAUAGCUUUACAAGGAAACGCAUAAAGAUUCAGGUGUGAAAGUCCAAGCUCAGAAUAGAAAUGAACUGAUGCUUUGCCACAGCUACCCAGGGUGUGUGCAAUCGACAAUAUUUGUGGUUUGGGGACAAUAAAUAAUGGGGAUCAGAUACUGGCCAGGUGACUCUGUAAUAAUAAUUAUUAAGCAGAGCCCCACUUGCUAUGGUCAAAUAAGGUAUGAUCUUAUUCUUCUGAUUCUAAGCUUCCUUCUUGUUCUCUUAGAGUAACUUCUAACUUAGGCAUGGCCAAACUUGGCCCUCCAGAUGUUUUGGGACUACAACUCCCAUCAUCCCUGGCUAACAGGACCAGUGGUCAGGGGUGGUGGGAAUUGUAGUCCCAAAACAUCUGGAGGGCCAAGUUUGGCCAUGCCUGUUCUAACUGAAUCAUCAUACACAGGUGUUAACUCUUGCUUUGAUUUGUGAAGCUUAUUGGUUUGUUAUCUUUUGUUGUACCAAUAACCUUUCAAUUGUUUUUAUUUAUUUAUUUCCCGCCCUUCACCCUAAGUUCCAAGGGUGGGUCACAGCAUUAAAAGACAUUAAAAACAAUGUAAAACUAUGGGCAUAAAAAUAAGGUGGGUCUUACCAUUCACCUGUGAAUAGUUUGACUGAAAUUGACAGCACUUCAUUAGGCCUUAACCUGCCUACUGGAAGGCAUAACUGCCAGUUUAGGACAUACUUAUGUUUGCAUCCAGGAACGAUGAAUGCCUCUUAUGGUUCUUAAGCUAUUCUGGUUCUGGACAGUGUACUGCUGUCUGAAAAAAGACAUUGUAGAAGGUGACUUCUUCUAACAAAUGGUAAUAAUGAUUAAAAACAAUCAAAGGCUUAUAUUAUAAGCAUUAUACAAUCUGAUCGUUUAUUGGGGUUUCGGUAAUGUGCAAAUAUAUUGGAUGACAUCCAGUGAUGUCUGCCCACCUCCACAGCAGAAAUCUGCUUGUGCAUUCUCUCUUUUCCCCCCUCCAACUCCCUUUUGUGCCCCCAAACUCUGCUCUGGAUAGUCCUUCAGCCCUCUGGAGCAGAUUUUGGGGGCACAUGGGUUCUGUAGGGGGUUGAGAAGCGAGAGAAGCCCUGUUGCACAAGAAGACACUUGCUUGUGCUAUUUCAGUUCUCACCCAUUAAAUUUAAUUGAAUAAUCAGCUGUUAUUUAUUAAAAAUUGUAUGUACCACCCUUCAUCCAUAGAUGUCAGGACGGUUCACAACAUAAAAGUACUAGGGGCAGGGGACAUAAUAAAAACAAGAGCAAGAACAAACUAAAAACCCCACAUUAUAAGAGCAUCCUAGGAGAAGGUUGUAAAGACUGGAGGGUGGGUAUUACUGGGAGACUGAAAAGGCGUUGGUCGCCCAUUGAAUGACUGUAUUGAAUAAGAAAUAUUUAUAUGUGCUGAUUUCAUGAGGAUUUUUGCUUUGCUUUGUUUCUUCAGAUCCCAGGGUCAGAGGAUGGCUCAUGCUGGAUUCUUACUUGCCCACUUUUUCCCUCACUGUUGCGUAUCUUCUCUUCAUAUGGCUGGGUACCACAUUUAUGAGGAACAGGCCUGCUCUGUCACUCAGGGGUCUUCUCAUUGUAUAUAACCUUGGAGUCACCAUGCUUUCGUUUUACAUGCUUAUAGAGGUGAGUCUUUUCAGUGUUGGCCCAGUUUUGUUGUUGGUCUCCGAGUUGAACAGAUUGGGCAGUUUGGUAAAAUUGCUUUCCACAGGUCAUAUUUUCUGAGAAUCCUAGUGUUUUACUUUCUAUAUUUUGCUCUUUAUUUUCACCAGUAUCACAUGGCUCACCUGCCUGAGCCAUCCAGACAUGCACAGUUUGAAUCAUUCCUUGCUCUACAUUCAGGGUGCAUCUAUUGCUCCUGCUUCCAUAGUUGAUCUUCUGUGAUCUCAGUGAUCUUAUAGAAGCUUUAUUGAAACAUAUGUGCAAGGACUGGACUAGGUGACAUUCUGGUGACUUCUAGAAAUGAGUCUGUAAUGGACUAUAUUUUGAAGAAGCAUGAACAUAAGAGGUGCCUAACAUUACCAUUUUUUAGCCAUUUGUUUUACAAAAGAGAGGAAAAGGGGGAGGAUCUGAAGCACUAUCGCCGAAGGGCACACAUGAUACACAAAUUAUGUACAAAACAAGCCCCAGUGGACACUUUUCUGCACUGGGAGAAGCUCAUUUUGAGCAGAGGGGCCAUGCAUAACUUUUUUUCUCCACACUGCAAAACAAAAGCAAAAACAAACCCCCACAAUGCUUUCUUCCUCCCUGCAUUCCAAGCAUUUAAAUUUGACUCUGGCAGGCAGGGUGGGGGGUGGAAUCUAGAACCUCUCCCCAGCCUGAGAGUCAUUAACGUAUAUUAGGUAACACAUGGCCAGAGUAAUAAUAUCUUCCUGUUUAGCUAAGGCUGCAGUCUGAACCCCAUUUACUGGUGGAGUAAGACACAAUGAAUUCAAUAAGGCUUACAUUUGAGUAGUCAGGGUUAGGACUGCGCUGAACAUCUGUGCUGGUGGUAGUGUUUUUAACAGGUCAACCACUAGUCCAGUUAAACUGUGAUGGUUGCCUUCAGAACAUGUGGGAAGUGGCAGUUCUCAUAUGAAAACCCAUGACCGCAUGAGGAGGAUCAGGAGUCUCCUUUCCAGAAAUCCCAUUAUUCAGGUUGCCAGAGACAAAUACCUCUGACUCAGGUGUGCCACUGGAUGCCAAGAUGUUGCAAAUCCUUCAGGCAGCUUCUGAACAUAUAAAGGCAGGCCAGUGAAUGUGAGCAACUACAUGUUUAUUGUCCACAUUUACUUGUGUAGCUCCAUUUGGUUUUUUCAGGCACCCCCCUCACUUCUUGGCGUGGGACUGUUUGCCCAUGUUUGACAGUCACCAUAUUGUCAGUAUUGGAGCAUCAACCCUAUUUUGGAUAUUUACUGUAGCAUAUACAGUAACUUCCGCUGUGUUCAAGUAUUUGAGGUCUCUGGCAGUGGCGUAGCGUGGGGGGUGCAGGGGGGGCCGGCCGCACCGGGCGCAACAUCUGGGGGGAGCUCGCACUCGCAGCUCUCUGCCCCUACCUGGCUCACUCACUCUCUCUCACUGCAGUGCUGGCUGUGCAAAUCCGAUCUGAGCCGCUGGGUCGCCGCCCACUGUGGAGGGGGUGGGUGCCAGGCGUGCGGUGCAGAGAGAGAGCGAGGAACUAUCUGGGGGAGGGACAGUGCAGCGGCCGCCCAGCGCAGCGCUGAGCGCGGGAGAGAACCACACCAGACCAGCCCAGGCAGCAGCAAGAAGAAGCUGGCAGCGGCGGCAGGUUAGGGGUUAGGGGGCGCAAAUUACUUGCCUUGCCCCGGGUUAGGGGGCGCAAAUUACUUGCCUUGCCCCGGGUGCUGACAACCCACGCUACGCCGCUGGUCUCUGGGGCACGCUAGCUGCAGUCUUUAAGUACGGGCUGCAUUAUAUCUCAGCAGCCCAUCUAAAACCACGGAUUAAACAGUGGCUCUUCGAAGAUCAUCUAAAAAUAGGCAACCUACAUAGAAAGCAGGGCUUCAGUGAAGCAGGAACUCUGGAGUGCUGGGUUUUCUCUAACUUCCUGAACAAAGAGAAAUGCAGGGCCUUGUCUCUCUCCCCGCCCUCCACCUCCAGCUUUUGCUUGCAGGAUCUGUUCUGGUUCUUUCCAUGGAUCCCUCCUAAUCCAUCUGAAAAGAAGCAGACUUCACCUCUUAGCCAAAACCCAAGGCUUUGGUUUCAAUAAACCCUUUGCUUAUGCUAAACAGAAGAGUCUUGCCUCAUCCUCAGGUUCUAAGGCAAUUCCUACAAGCAUCCAAGCUUAGUACAUAACAGGAAUAGAGCUGACAGGGAAACCCCAAUAGCCUAUACCAAACCUUUCUUGGGUCCUCAGCCAGCUCAGAUCACACCUGCAGUGCAUGGUGUAAUAAACCGACAUCUGUCCUUAUUCCCUUAUGGGGAACACAAGAGGCCUUAGAGUCCUUUGUAGGUUCUCCAGAGGCCAACCAGAGAAUUUUGAGAAGCAAAGCAGCUCGUAAGCCUGAUCUGUUGCAACAGGGUGCUCCCCUCACACGCAGGAAAGGAGAAGGACCCUGAGCAAAGGUGUGCCUGCCCUUAUAUAGACAUUUUAAAUUGCCCGCCCUGGAGUCCAAGACCACCCCCAGAAACCUCAUACCUACAUCACAGAAAGGGCAGUCUACAACAGAAAUCUGAGUGCGUUGUUUAUCUCCUGUCUAGCAGACCUGUUAAUGGUCACUUGAUUGGAUACCCUGGGGAGCCUGGCCAGUCUUUUGUAAUGACAAAUACUUCGUUCCUGAGCCAGGUCACAGGCUCAUCCUAUUCAUACACAGACAUACCCGUAAGACAGGAUUUGUGAAGGAAAAGACAAUGGGGAGGCUUUUCCAUUUUCCUUCAACCUUGCAGAGAAAACAUUUGGUCAGUUUGGGAGUCAAAAUGGUUUCAGGGCUGUUUUCCUGUGCUGCUUCAGACAUGUGGUUUAUAUAUUUAUGUAUGUGUUUGCUUGGUACAUUUAUGAACAUUUAUUAUAUAAGACCUUAUUUUUUAUUUCAAUGGCCUCCAAUGUGGUUGCAUGUGGAGCUUCAUUUACAUAUGCAGACACACUCCCAUCAAAUUCAGAGAGCUGUGAAGCAGUUGCACAUGAGGGUGUUUGUAUUCAUAUGCGGUACUUGAGUUUAUGCUUGGACUGUUGUCAUGGAGUUCUUGCCGGGUUGCAGUGGCUAUUUCGGGCCUGUUCACUUUGCUUGAACUUCUCUUUCAGAUAACUUUGCCAGGUCUUCUUUCAAGCCACACAGUAAAAGUAUAUAUACUGCCAUCUUCAGCAUAGUUUCACUUCCCCAUGUCAAUAUUCGGAAGUGACUUCAAAUUAAGGGUGUUUUCUUUCCCAUAUUCCCACAUAUAUUCAAACAGGCAGGAUAAUUAUGCUUAGAACAAAGCUGCCAUUGUGAGCAGAGUCUAUUUAUACUUGAAUUGUCAAACAGAGGCCAUUUACUCAUAUUACAAUGGAGAUUUGUUCAUUAGGUUAUACGAGUGGAGGUAAUUUGUCCACUAAAAUUAAAUAUCAGGAUGUUUUGCUGUUGUGCAGAAUUUUGCAGUAUUUCAUUAUUCAGGAACUAAUGACAAAACAUAACUAUACAUCAUGAUAGCUGAGAUAACAUGCUACAAAUAUGCUUAUAAAAAUUAUUAUUAUUUGUACCCUGCCCAUCUGACUGGGUUUCCACAGCCACUCUGGGUGGCUUCCAACAUACAUAAAAAUGUAAUAAAACAUUAAACAUUUAAAAAGCUUCCCUAUACAGAGCUGCCUUCAGGAAAUAAUAAUAAUCAUUUAUUAUGGAUUGUGUGCUACAACUUAUGAAGGGAUGUUGUCACAAAACAAAACGCUGUUCUAUCAUUGAAGGGGUGUUAAGAUAGCUUUUUAGAAACAGACAAAUGUUUAGGACUGGACACUUAAGAUGCAGCCCUGAAUGUACUUUUCUGGUGAUUUAAAAACUAAGGUCUAAAGCUGUCAUUCAGAUAUCACUUGCUCCUGCAGCACUGGGCUACAGUGGUACCUCGGGUUAAGUACUUAAUUCAUUCCGGAGGUCCGUUCUUAACCUGAAACUGUUCUUAACCUGAAGCACCACUUUAGCUAAUGGGGCUUCCUGCUGCUGCCAUGCUGCCGGAGUAUGAUUUCUGUUCUCAUCCUGAAGCAAAGUUCUUAACCCGAGGUACUAUUUCUGGGUUAGCGGAGUCUGUAACCUGAAGCGUAUGUAACCUGAAGGGUAUGUAACCCGAGGUACCACUGUAUAGGUAUUCUGGGUACCUGGCAGGAUCACAAGAUCACCCACACGGUCACAACUAAGAAAUUUAGACUGGGAUGGUUGAAAUUAGGAUGCAGGGAAAGAGUGGAAAGAAAGGCUGAUGGGAAGGCAAGCAGAGAAUGAGGCAAGAGAACCAGCUACACAGGUAAGGGCAGAAGGUAGCCUCUAAUCUGUAAGCAUUUGUAUCCUGUCCAGUUUAGGAAUGCACAGUGGCAAGUUCGAUGCACUUCUGGGGGAACAGGGAGCUUUAGUUUCCUUUCACUCUCUGAAUUAGCCAACCAAUAUAGCUUGAAGUUUGGCAGAUUCUUAAUAAACUGCAUGCUGAAUCAGCGCAGGUAUGCAGCCUUGCGUUAGAUGAUGGGAAAUAAAUAUUACUGACUCAGAGUCACACUCUCUCCAACCGCUUGCAAAAGACAUAACUUGUGCAGUGUUCUAGGGCUGUGGUUAUGUUUGCAGUAGUUCCUAUGGUGAAUUUUGCAGGUGGCCUGCCCCACUUCGUUAGUGCAUGUAGGUAUUGUCUCUGGUUUUAGUGGGGAAUAAGUAGCUUGCACCUCUUUGUGGUAUGCAAAAGCAAUUUGCCCUAAUAAAAAGGGGUAGCACUCAGACAAUUCAGAAGUGAAGACUUGCUUGUCUAUUUAACCCUCUCAAAUAAAUUCUGAUGCAGUACAUUCCAUACUGCAGCCUUUGCCAGCUGGGCACCGACCAGGUGUUUUGGACUACACUUUCAACCCCCAAUCCAAAACCUCUGGAGAGUAUCAGCCAUCAAGUUGGAAAAGGCUUCCUUACAGCCACAGAAGACGCAUCCCUAGCAUAGAGGAAACUGGUGGAAUGUAACAAAUGGGGAGAGAGCAGGUGUUUCUUUGUAGAAUUAGUAGGAUUGUAGCUUUAUCAGGCCCUUAAAUGGGACCUCCUAGCUCUGUUUUGAAGACAAAGUCCCCUGCCUUCGUGACCUCACACCACCCUGCAAGCGAGUGAAAUGAUAUGCAGGCUGCUCUAAUGAAUAAGAAAUCUAUGCUCCUUCAGUUUCCAUCAAAUAUAUUUGUCGGUAUGCAGUGGUCACGUUACUCUUCCCAUCUGCCUCUCCUGCACUCAGCUGGGUGCAAGCCACUGCUCUCCGGAUUAUUCUGACUGCAGACAUGUGACAUUUCAGAGUUAAAGGGACUGUGUUUGAUAAUGACCCAUUUCAUUAACUCCCUGGAUUGGCAGAGUAAAGGUAUAAUUCCUAAAAAAAUUGCUGCAGUCCAGUCCACCCUCAGCUCGAUUUCAGUGUUUCCACAUCUGCAGUGCUGAGUGGAUCCUUUUGACUUGUCAUCUUCUAAGUUGGAACAUCAGUGAGUUACUUUUGUAAAGAAAACAGGGUUGUUUGCCUUUCAACUCUUGAAACAGAAGUCUUGGGGUUUUCCCAGACACUGGGGGGGAAAAACAACCUAUUCACCCUCCCACUAUGCUCUGAGCAGGCAGUAUUUAGAAUAAACUAAAUGUUAGAUUUAAAAAAUAAAAUAAAAUAAUGCCUACAGCAAUACAAGGUGAUGAUGAAGGGCAAAAGAGAUAGAGUUGUUGAAGGUCGCCGCUUUGUUUUAUUAAGUGAAAGUUUCUCAAAUGUGUUAGCACGUAGUGUGCCUUUGAGUAAGGAUAUCUGUCUUCUGCUUCCAAAGAGAGGACAAGUGAAAAGCUGCUCAGGCAAAUAGCCAGCGUAAGGAAUUACUAAUGGGCAAUAUCAGUUUCAGCUCUGGCAGCAGAGUAAGUGCAGUGCUCAGUUAUGUUUGUCAUGCUAUUACCAACUGGAGUUCACCAAUUGCACUGUUGUGGAAAGUGAUGAGAGUUGGAAAUGAGUUGCAAGCCCUUGGCAAUUAGUAACUGGCAUUGAGCUUUGCAAUUAGCAUCAAGAACCUGGCUUUCAAGAGCCCUGCAGGCCUUAAAAAAAGGAAUACAGUACCUUGCUUUAGUAAAGCAUGGUUUGGCAGCACACACCUAUACAUGCACACCUAUACAUGGGAAGUCCCAUUCUUUCCAAUGGGGCUUACUCCCAGGUAAGUAUGUGCAGGAUUGCUGCCAGUAAGGCAUCUAUACAUACAUGCAUCCUUAAAAGAAGGAUGCUAUGGUUAAAAGGGCUCUGUUGGCUUUCUUAGCAGUAAUGGCAGCAGGGGUACUGCAGCAGCAGAAUAAAACCAACCUUUAGAACAGGUAUGAGGAAACCUCAGCCCCUGGUGGGACUGAAUUCAGUCAUUUGAGUCUAUCUAGCUAAUGCUUCCUCCUUGCCUGGAUGGAAGCUAGAGAGGGGUGUCUCAGUGUGUGCAUAGGUGAGCCUGCUAUGCCAAGGUAAAAUUUACAUCUGUUGCUCCGCUCUCUUUUCACUUUGACCCCACCUUCCACUAGCAUAUGCCCCGUCCCUGGUGACAACUCCUAGGGGCCUUGGUCCCUUUCCUGCCCCCCGUAAAAUAUUUGAGAGGGCCAGGCCCUGCCAAAGCUGAUGGAAAUUGCCAUUCAAUUGGUGUCAUAGCUGUCAACUUUCAGAUUUGAAAAUAAGGGAUCAGCAGCCUCACCUGUCCCGGGGACAGUCUACGGGAUAUCUAACAAUCCGGGAUAGCAAUGGGAAGCAGUGGGAAAUGGCGCUGAAUAAGGGAAUUUCCUGCAAAAAAAGGGAAGGUUGACAGCUAUGAUUGCUGUGUGUGCGCUGCAUCUUGUGAUUGAUUAUGUGGGUUGGGGCUUACCUGCCCCCCUGUUUUAUUCAAGUUGGCACCCCUGCCCCCCACCGUCCCCAAAGGUUGCCCAGAAAGGAAUGUGACCCAAGUGGAAUCUAGACACAUAUAAAAAAAGCUGUGAAAAUGCUUUUUAAAAAAAACCGUUUUGAAAAAUAUAUUGAAUUUUCCGUAUCUCGCCAUCACCAGCUAGUGUCACAUUUGCAUAAUGCACCUUACAACACACUUAAAACAUUUAUUUGCAGCUGCAUAGCUGAGUCCCUUCAGUCUGGAAAAAGGUUCCUCACCCCCUACUUCAGAGGCCAGUAUUUAGAAUUUCAUCCAUAAUGUUAUAAAAUGCCAAUGAAGAAGUUUCAGAAGUCGUGUAGUGGCUGGAGACACACAUUUCCCUUUUCUUUUUUCCAGACAGCUAAAUGUGAGGUGACAGAGAGCUUCUUACGCUGCAGGCAUUCACCAUUUUGUGCCUCAUUCCCAUUGAAACUGAUUUGCAGGGGGGUAUUUUGCAUUAAACGUGCAUUCAACAUUUCCACCACUUCUGCUCCAAUCUAGUCCCGCUCUUUGAUUGUAAGCAUGUUUUUUUCCCAGUUUUUCUGGGCAGGCAAAGGAAAUGAGUGGCAACACUGUGGGCAACAAUGGCUCUGUCACAGAAAUAUAGGGAGAGUCAAUGGUUAUGCAAGCUGCCUUUAAAAAAAAAAUAGAACCCUGCAACAUGUUUGUAAAGAACUACUACGAUUCCCCAAGGGGGAAGGGGUUCAUGCCUGUCUUUCAUACCUUCUUCAGCUCCUUUAAUAAUUAUUGCUUGUCUUUUAGAGGAAUGCCCAUUUUCUUCUGAGCUUACAAAGCUGAACUUACAAAGCAAUAUUGCUUUUUCUAAUCCUGCAUACUGCACAUGGAAACAUACUUCCUUAGGGAUCAGGUUCACACAUGCAAAGUAGUUCUUCAUGUAAGGGGGGAAUCAAGAGUGCAGAGGCAGUUUUCCCCACAUUGGGCCCUGACAUGAAAGCUGUGACAGGGUCCUAUAGUUCUUCCUCCUCCCCAAAACCUACUUAGCUUUUUUCUAGCUUUGGGAAGGAACAGGGAGGGCUCUAGGACCCUGCCCGAGCCCUCACACCUCCUUCCCAAAGUCCAAACAGCAGAAGGCCUGGAGGGGGGCACCAAAUUUUGGCCUAGCUCAGGGCACCAUAGUACCAAAGGCUGCCCCUGGAGACUGGGAUGAUUCCUGAAUGCAGGUAGACACAUUCAGUCUACUGUUACAUGCAGGAAUCUCUAGAUCAGCACCAUUAUUUUGAGUGAUGGGUAAAAUGCUUAAUACGAAUAGUUUGAAACAUUGCUUGUAGGUCGAAGGUUGGAUUAGAUCUGAGCAGAGCUCAUAGUGGUGAUUACCCCCCCCCCCGAAACUGAAAAUUCAGACUUAGUUACCUUUAAUUAACCAAUGGGACUUCAGUAAUGAAGAAGUCAUCUCAUUGAUUUCCUUGGGAUCUAAGACUGACUUAGUCUGGAUCAGACACAAAGUAGAUAUUUAUUUAGGGUGUUAGUAGUGAGACUACGUUUGAAAUUUUUGAAGAUACCUGCCAUUUUGUUCCUGGUGAUUUUUGUUGUUGUUGUUUCCUGAUUUUAAAUUCCCCUCCCAUACUUAUAAUUUUGCACAUCUUUAUUUAUGAGAACAGGGGUUUAAAUUUGUUACCAUGCGUAAAGCUGAAAGCUAUUUACCCUUCAAAACCCCACAUGCUUGCAGUGAUUAAUAAUUAUUAACAAUGGGAAAUUCUAUUCGGAGUAACAGAAUCUGUUUUCUUCUUCUCCAGCUAAUUCUUGCCACUUGGGAAGGAGGUUAUAACUUACAAUGUCAAAACCUGACCAGUGCAGGAGAAGCCGACAUCCGGGUAAGAAACAAAAAGCAACCCAAGAACUGAAAGGUGACUGUGAGGCUGGCAGGAGUCAUAUUCCAAAAUAUCUUGAAGGCACCAGGCUGGCAAAGACUAGGCUAGCCUCACCUUAAUGUCUCCCAGUUCUUUCUUAGGCUGUAUUCAUGUAUACACACUUAGCUUAGGGGCAAGUCCCACUGAACUCAAUUGGGCUUCCUUCUGGAUAGGUAUAUAGAGGACUGCACCAUUGCCACAUUUCUAUACCUUGGUAGAAAUUUUUUUUAAAUGCAUUUAUCAUUCUAUGGCUAAUCUUUAACUCUGCCUUUUAAAUUUUGUCCUUUGGGGUGGGUUUGUUUGUUUGUUUGAGGCUGUUUUUUCACAUGACGAUCUCUUUGGUGUACAGCUUACGCUGGUGCUUUUUAAUGGGAAAAUUCAAGCAAGCAUUUCCUAAAAAUAGUUUUUCAAAAGGAAAAAGCUUACAACCUUCUGCAGCUAAGAGAGGCUAUUCCACCCCCCUUCAAAAUUAAGAAAAUGCUUCCUACCUCUCCAUGUAUCUCUUCUCAUGCUGCGCCUUCUUCAGCAGCUGUCUGGAUUCAGCCAGGACCCAAUUCUAGAAAAGAAGCUAUGUUUUUUUUCUCUUUCCCUUUUUGCACUAUUUACAUGCCUGGUAGCGAAAGCUGGAAUCGGAGAGUAGCCAAAAAGAAACUGCCUAUCAAACUUGUAUGUGUAUGUGGGUCUGUGUAUAUCUCUCUCUGUAUACUCUUUAUAUCUUUAAUCUUAGAGUUCUAAGUGAGACAAGAAAAAGAACUGGCACGAAAGGUAUUCUUCUAACUGCAAUUGCCGAUUUCACUUCCCUCUGAACUUUCCUCCCAAAAGCCUUGGUGCUGAAUUCACAUUAGAUGCUUUUACUCUUGGCUUGCUGUUUCUGCUCCUCCAGAUUCAAAGGCACUAUUCACAUGCAUAGAAUCAUAGAAUUGUAGAGUUGGAAGGGACCCCCAAGAGUCAUCUAGUCCAGCCCCCGCCCUUAGCAAUGCAGGAAUCUCAGCUAGAUCACACGUGAGAGAUGGUUGUCCAACCUCUGCUUAAAAACCUCCAAGGUUUUUCACCUCCAAUCCUGCCUAUUUCCAGACUCAAGAAUUGGCAUUGAAGACAACGCUCCUGGGUUGAGCCUGUGUGCGUCUUGACACAAACCAAGUUGUAGGAGAGGGGUAGGGAAUUACUUUAUAAGAAGAAAGGGGGUACAGUUGUUGGGGUAGGCAGCAUUUUUAUGAAGAUUAGUUGGAGGGGAAAUGAGGCAGGGGGAGCUAGGCAUAGACUGUUGCAUAGACAGGAACAGAGCCAUAGGUCAGUGGGUAGCACAUCUGCUAGGCAUGCAGAAGAACCCUGCUCCAGUCCCCAGCAUCUUCAGGCAAUGCCUGGAGACUUCAGCCUGAGACCCCCGAGAGCCACCGCCAGUUAGUGUAACUAACAUUGAGCUAAAGCAGGGCUCCCCAAACUUGGAUCACCAGUUGUUUUUGGACUACAGCUCCCAUCGUCCCUAGCUAGCAAAAACUAGUGGUCAGGGAUGAUGGGAAUUGUAGUCCAGAAACAACGGGAGACCCAAAUGUGGGAAACCCUGAGCUAGAGGAACCCACUAGUCUGGUUCAGUAAAGGUAGCUUCCUAUGGAUUUUCUAGCAACAAGUGGCGUCAGGGCUGGCCCUACUGUUAGGUGAAGUGCUUGUUUCUGGCGGCAAAUGAUCACCCUCCCUGCUGCUUCCCAUCCUCCCCCAAUUCAGCUUCAUUGAGGGCAGAGGGCAGGAGUGCAGCUGGUGGUGAUGAGGCUGGUGGUAUCUCUGUACCUUCCCCUGGUGUUACUGGUGGCAAUGCUAUGACUGUAUUGUGGUGGAGCUGCGGCUGUAGGCUCAGACUGCUGGUCUGGGUGGCGCAAGCACUGAGGAGCCAUCUCUGCUGAUCUUCUGCCCACUGCGUUUCGGGGAAGUGUCUGUGACCUGUGCUGUUUCCCCUCCAAAAGUUGAGCAACUAGCUCAGUUGAAGUUAAGGUGACCCAGAUGAAAGGCAGUGUUUGGCAUAGCAAGGGCUCUCCUUAAAACAAAAAACAAACGAACAACCCUCUCUGAUGUUUGCUUGCCUGCCUGUGCUUUUAACAUAUCAGUACUUGGUCCCCAGGCAGUUGGCUUAACUGAAUUAUGCACUCAGGGCACAGCUAAACUCUGGAAUUUGGUACCUAGAAGAAGUGAUGGUGCUUCUAGAUGGAUGCUUAUUGUGCAAAUACAUGCAGGGUUGUUGUCCCUGGUCCCCCCCCCCCAGCAUUCAAAUGAGUGAAUGCAAAGGACGGUCCCUAUUAUCUCCAAUGAAAUCUUAAGAGUGGACAGUGUUGGACUAGAACUUGGAAGACAGAAGUUCAAAUUCCCACUCAGCCAUGGGUAACCUUGGGCUAGUCAAUGACUCUUAGUCUUAAUCAUAUGUGCCAAGUUAUGCUUGACGUUGGGGAGCUUUGUCAUGUGCGCAUGAUGUCACAAGUGCAGCACACACGUGUGACAUCACAAGUGUCAGGAGGAGGCCUCGAGGCUGACAGGGCCUCCAUCACCAUAGAGAGGCCCAACAUCACUACAUGGAGGCCUAGCGGGGCCCUCUGCCACUGCAGGGAGGCCUGACAAGGCCUGCAGCAGCCAAGACCCUCAAUAUUGGGGGGGGGGCUCAGCCCUGUCCCCACAUAUUUCAGGGGGGCUCAGGUAUCCUCAGCCCCAUAGAGUUGGCACCUAUGGCCUUAGCUCCUUCAUGAGACUGUUGAGAGGAUAAAAUGGGGAAGGGGAGAACCUUGAGCUCCUCAGAGGAAAGGGGAAUAUAAAAUCAAUUAAAUGCCAUAGUAGAGAUUUAAUGUACUUAUAGCUCUCCUUUCUCCCAAGCUGGGAUUCAAGGAGAUAUGCCACCUGUCAAAAUAUGGUACACGGUACUCUUGUACCACAGAAACUUAGUCUGGCAGAACGGGGAGAGAGUAAGUAAAUAAAUACUGCACAAACAAUUUGCCCAAACAUAAGGGAGCCUCUGAUUAUAGCAAGCAUGUUCUUUGUAAGCUGAGAACAUUGUAUUUACUCCCACCGUGUGUAAGAAUUUCUCCACAGUCAAUGGCAUGCAGGGCCAUAUGUAAAUGCCUCACACAAUUUACUUGUUCUGCUCAAUUCAUUAUCCAUUAUUAGAGCCUGAUACCCUGUUGCAAAGCCCACCAUGAAUUGCAUAGUUCUGCUGCUAGAUCGUGAUUCUGAGGAGUAAUUUGGAAGCCUUGCUGAGAAAAUGCAAAGAAGAGAGGGCAUUAAUAAACAACAGCUGCUCAGGGACUCAGUAUUGCAUACUAAGUAGGUUCCUUUUCUAAGACAGGAAUUGUAGUUGCUCAGAAUUAAAUCCCACUGGAAUCUACGAGGAUUACUUCCAAUGGCUUGUGUUUAAGACUACCUCUAGGAACGAAGUCUGAAUCUGUUGCACUCUCUGGGCUUGUGCACACUGCUCUUUCCAGACAUGGUCCAUGCUUAAAAGCUCUGUGUUUGGGAACCCUUUUGUUUGCUCUUUAAAACCCGCUCUUUGAAGCUCAAUUGGAGCGAACAGCAACCCGCAGAAAACCUGAAUUGAUGUUUGCUGUGAUUGAGCACUAAAAUGUGAAUUUUCAUGGAGAAAACGCCAAGGCAAAAAGCAAAGCUAGGACACAGAGCUUUUAAGUGCAGACCUGUGCCUGUAAAGAGUAAGCCCCAUGGAAUACGGGGGGAGAGGGGGCUUGCAUCUGCAUAGGACCAGGCAGCACCCAAUUUUGGAUUACUGUAAGCCACAUAUGGGAAAUCUGAGGCAGUCCAGAUGUCGAUGGACUACAACUCCUCUCAGCCAAUGGCCAGGGAUGGUGGAAGUGGAAGCCCAACAACAGUUUGAGAAGGGCAGGUUCAUCGCCCCUGUUUUAAGCCAUAGGAAAAUAUCUUAAAUCUGAGUUUUGCCUGACUAAAGGAUUAUUCAAGGAUAGCAGAACAUGUUCCUCCAAGAAGAGAGAUAUUAAUUCAUCUGUCUUGUUCCUGCAGGUGGCCAAGGUGUUGUGGUGGUAUUACUUCUCCAAAGUCAUUGAAUUUGCUGACACGAUGUUCUUUGUUCUGCGGAAGAAAAACAGUCAGAUUACUUUCCUUCACGUUUAUCAUCACGCCACUAUGUUUAACAUCUGGUGGUGUGUCAUGAACUGGAUACCUUGCGGACAAAGUUAGUAUUCGGAGACGCGGACUUAAAAUGUAACCAAGCAACAUACCUAGAGUACCUUUAUAUAUGAUAGAUCUAACAGCAGAUCUAUGCAGUCCUGCCAUUUGGGGGAAAGUGGAGGUGAAUCUCAUUUAGUAAACAAACAAAAUGUUGAGUAAGCUGUUAGGCACACUCUCUGUCUGAAGUAAACACACAGCAGCAACUCAGUUGCCAUUUUGUUUUUUUGAAAUGUUCUGCUGCAUUUAGUAUAUUGUAGAAUCUACCUCAGACACCUCCUGUAUCCUGCAGAUGAUGUGAUGGAUUAAAGUGUGCAGAACAGCUAGAAUACUGCAGCACAUUCCUUGAGAUCACUAGUUCAAAUCUUACAUGCAUACCAUCCCAAUCUUGGGUUGUGAGCAUUGGGCAGAAGCCCCUGCUUCUUCCUUUUUGAGUCUCUUUUGUGCAAAGAGAAAUACUGAGGAUGCAAUAAUUUUCUGUAGUCCUCUGGCAGAGCAAAGGUUGGAGGGGACUCAUAGAUAUAUUUUCCCCUUGUAGUGAGGUGAAGUAAAGGAAAUGACUCUGAGCUAAUUAGCCACGGGUGGCGCUGUGGGUUAAACCAUAGAGCCUAGGACUUGCCGAUCAGAAGGUCGGCGGUUCGAAUCCCCGUGAGGGGGUGAGCUCCCAUUGCUCGGUCCCUGCUCCUGCCAACCUAGCAGUUCAAAAGCACGUCAAAGUGCAAGUAGAUAAAUAGGUAGCACUCUGGCGGGAAGGUCAACGGCAUUUCCGUGCACUGCUUUGGUUUGCCAGAAGCGGCUUAGUCAUGCUGGCCACAUGACCCGGAAGCUGUAUUCUGGCUCCCUCGGCCAAUAAAGCGAGAUGAGUGCCGCAGCCCCAGAGUUGGUCACGACUGGACCUAAUGGUCAGGGGUCCCUUUACCUUUACCUAUUAACACAGGAACCGGUUGCAGUUUUCAAAGGAUAGAGCAAGGGUGAGAAACUUUUCUUUUUUUAAAAGAAAAAUAUUUUUCAUUUUUGAAAAUAACAUUUUUUCUUUUUAUAUAUACAUAUCUAAUCCAAAUUUUUAUUAAUUAACUUCCCCCUGCCCCCCUGGUUUCCACCCCCCCUUUUAUUCUCCUUGCAUAUAAUUAUACUGGGGUGAGAAACUUUUCAAAGGCUAGAGCAAGGUGCUAUCUUCCCCAUCCCCACAGAUCAAGUUUGACAGGUGGGGCAGUCUAUCUGUCAAUCAUUUGACAUCCGAAUGACAUCAGAUUGCAUGCUUUUGCCUGCAGUUUGGAAUUGAACCAUGCUAGCAAAUACACAGCCUGCGAAGCCCGACUAAUCGCCAGUGCUUGUAGAGAACUAUGCACAGAACUUUGCAGGCACCACUCGCUCAGUGGUGCUUGCAAAUCCCCUUUCGGUGCAGCCACAUCUCUAUGGCCUCAGGUGUAGGGUUAGGCUCAUCCCACACCUGACGCCAUAGAGAUACGGCUUCACUGUCGCCUCUCCAGUCCAGCGCCCCAAACCAGCUGCCUGGACUAUCUGUCCCUUCAAGCAGCUUCAGCCACCCCAGCAGCAGUUGUGAGCCAACUCACCACCAGAACCAAAACCACUUGAACAAGGUUAGAAAGAAACCCAUAUAGGCUACAAGAAGGAAAACAGCAUAAACUCACGGAACCGUCAUUAUGUAACACUCCCAUGGCAUGGUAAUAGAGGCUCUGAGCUCAGCCGCCAAAGGAAACCCUGCCAGUUCUUUACAUUGCCAGUGAACCAUAGUAUUGAUUCUCAGAAGCAAAGUCUUAACAAUGUGUUCAAUUCAACCACAGGUUUCUUUGGACCCACCUUGAACAGUUUUAUCCACGUCCUCAUGUACUCCUACUAUGGACUGUCCGUCAUUCCAUCCAUGCGCAAGUAUCUAUGGUGGAAGAAAUACCUCACUCAGGCACAACUGGUAAGCUUACAACAUUUUGUUGCUUGUACUGACCAUAGUUCUGAAAAUAAAUAUAUAAAUCCUGUAGCAAGGUCAAGCUAGCAAUGAGCCAGUUUGCAAUGGAAUACGAAGUUGAGGGUGGGGAAGCUUUUAGUUCUUCAAGGCAGAUUAUGUUCCUUCUUUUUCCACUGUCCAGGGACACUAGCACAAUGGCAAGGAGCCACAGCCCCAUCCCAGCUUCCAAACAUGUAUAUGAACAUCUGCAUCAUGCAUUACACAUUCACGCUGCAUGUGGGAAUCAGUGUGAUGUAGUGGGUUUGUCUGCAGCACAAAUCUUCUAAGAUGUGUAUGCCUAAUUCUACAUAGAAUCAGGCUUGGGGCCAUCUCAGUGUAGCUGCUCCACCAAGAGAACCAUGAAGAGACCUUAUGUCUUGGAAGAAGGGAGCAAGGAACACACAGCCAGGCAAUGAGUUGCUCAAGGCCAGUAUUUGGGAGAAGUGUGAUGGAAGUAAAUCAAUUUGAAAAGCCACAAGGAUCUUAUAAGAACUGGGGUUUUUUGUGGGUGGGGUGGGGGAAUAUGCUAUACAGGAGCAAUACCAAGUGCUGGCAGGAACAGAAGUGGCCCCAGUGUAAUUGUAGUUGAUCCCUCUACUCACUGACACUGCCCCAUGUUUUAGUGUGAGCCUUGCCUAGGUUCAAAUUCGAAGGACAACCUGUGUGGCACAGAUGCAAGUCACAUUCCAUAUAUAACUGGCCAUUGCACUUGUUCAUCCUGCCCACUAUGCAACAUUGUAAUAGCCAGAGCUGCUCUGUGCUGAGACGAUAUAUGGGCAUGUUCUUUGAUGUGCUCUUGAGGGAUAGUGUUAUGCAAUUUGGAGCACGGCUGCUCCAUGCUCCUGUCUUGACUUGUAGAAAACUCAUGCAUUAAGUGACACUUCAUCACCCAGAGAGUUUCCAGGCUGGUGCCAUCAGACAUCACAGCUCUCCUGCACUAAGCAGGAUCCUUGUGGCAAACUAUUCAAGAUAUUAAGGCCAGGUGAACAGAAUAUGUAAGAACCCCUAAAACAUUAAUGGCCUUUUUUUUUUGGUGUUGCCACAAGCGUCAACAGGUAUGAGUAGUAAACACUGCCGCUAUGGUGUCAAGGUGCGACCUGUAACUUUCUGAACAGAAUUGAUGUGGAGUUACCCUGGCUUUUCUCUCCAGCGAAACAGCCAUUCCAAAGGGAAACUGCCAUUUUUUAAACAUUCAUUAACAACCUGGAUAUUAAAUGUAGGUGAACGGCGGUAGAGCAGAACUUGUAGAUUGACAACACAACCAUCAUCCAUGAGAAAGGGGUAUGAAUUUCACCUGGGGAAGGCCUAAUCCUGAAAAUGAUGGGCAUUGAUGUUUCUUUCUUCAACAGAUCCAGUUUUUGCUCACGAUUACACACACGCUCAGUGCAGUUGUGAAGCCAUGUGGAUUUCCAUUUGGUUGCCUCAUCUUCCAGUCUUCAUACAUGGCCACACUGGUCAUUCUGUUUGUUAACUUCUAUGUUCAGGUAAGUUGAAAAGAAAAAGGAGAGCUGCAUAUGCUUAAUGAAAGUGUCUUGAAACUUGGCAUUCCUAGCUUUAACGGUGUCAAGCUUGGUUUCCGCCCCAUGCUGGUUUUUAAAACAAACUUUAAGUAUCUUCCUCAAAUUGCUCAUUGAGUUGAACUUGAAGAGGGGGCACUGAGGUGAAGGAAGCACAGUCAUGCCGUCAGCAAUUAUGCAACAUCCACUGCAGUGUGAUAUAAUGUUUCUUAUUGGCGUGUCCAAUUCUGCAAUGUUAAGAGCCUUUGUUGCAAGGCUCCUUGCCGGUAUUCAGUUCCCGUGAAACGUGGGGGAAAGGAAACGUGACAGCAAAAUCAAACCGAACCUUCACUUAUAAUGAAAAGAUAGAUGUCCACUAGUGUGUCCACCAAUUCAGCAGAAUCCAGCAAACUCUAUACUACAAAGCUUCAGCAAGUAGGCAGCAAAUACAGGCAAAAAUUAUGCUUCAAUGGCUACAGUGGAGUCCUAAUGGGAAAUGAUGGGCAGGCCAAGUUAGGAAUGUGCAUUUGUCAUCCACAUCAAAAGAAAAUAAUCUGGCCGCUUCACCCAACUGAGGCCCAACUGAGCUUCGCGGUGCAGGUUCAUCUGCUGCAUAUGUAGAAGCUGUUUCUGUGGGCAGACCUUUCUUGGUGAAGCAGGGCUGAAAUAUUUAAUCCAGUAUUACCUUUAUUAUUAGAUUUACAUCCCACCUUCCCUCCAAGAGCUGAAGGUAACAUGGGUUCUCCUUCCAAUUUCCCCGCUCCCAGGUUGUGCUAGGGAACAGUGACUCUUCCCCUGCCCCCCGGCUCGAAGGACACCAAGUGAGCAUCAUGGGCUCAGAGGGGAUUUGAACCCUGGUCUCCCACAUCCUGGUCCAGCACUCUAGCCUAGGCAUCCCCAAACUCGGCCCUCCAGAUGUUUUGGGACUACAGUUCCCAUCAUUCCUGACCACUGGUCCUGUUAGCUAGGGAUGAUGGGAGUCAUAGUCCCAAAACAUCUGGAGGGCCGAGUUUGGGGAUGCCUGCUCUAGCCACUACACUACAGUGGCUCUUAUCCCUUCUCCAGGUGCAGAAUGGGCCAGAAUCAAGGGCAACAUUGGUUCCAGCGACAGAUUCUUAAGCGAGAGAGCACAAGCACCUUUUCCACAUCACUUUUCUGUGCAAUAAACUUGCUUUGCUAUUAACUUGUUUCACAUGCUCCACUUUUUUCUUUUUCAAGGCUGUUCUUCUGCUAAGAGUUACAGCAUUCUUCUUGUACUCAAAGUUACACUAUAUUGUUUACUUAUUUUAUUAUCUAAAUUCUUUGCGAUGGUAGCACAUUCAGUGCUGCUUGUAAGAGCAGCGCUGUUCACAUUUCAGCAAAUCUAGCGCUUGAGUGCUUACCCUGCAUUUUCAAAAAAAGGUGGCAAAGCACAUCCCUCCCCUGCCUACAGUAAUUUCACGAACAUUAUACAGAGGUCUCCCAAUUAAGUAUCUAUGUGCCUAUUUAUUUAUUUUUUAAAAAGAAGAACAGCAGCAUAGCUAACCCCUUUUAUCCUAUACAUACAAGGUUGGAAUUUUAUGCUGUUGUGUCACAGAGAAAUAGCACACCAAUGACAGAAUGAAACUACUGUGACAUACUCUAUUCAACCUUUGUAAUAAUAAUAAUAAUAAUAAUAAUAAUAAUAAUUAAUAAUAAAAAUAUUAUAUAUAAUAUAUUAUUAUUUAUACCCCACCCAUCUGGCUGAGUUUCCCCAGCCACUCUGGGCGGCUCCCAAUCAAGUGUUAAAAACAAUACAGCAUUAAAUGUUAAAAACUUCCCUGAACAGGGCUGCCUUCAGAUUUCUUUUCAAGAUAAGAUAGCUACUUAUUUCCUUCACAUCUGAAGGGAGGGCGUUCCACAGGGUGGGCGCCACUACCGAGAAGGCCCUCUGUCUGGUUCCCUGUAACCUCACUUCUCGCAAUGAGGGAACUGCCAAAAGGCCCUCGGCACUGGAUCUCAGUGUGGGAAAGGAUCAAAUGAAAGGACUUUCCUGUGAAAUCUUGCCCAGCAAUGCUUAAAUGGGAAAAGAAACUGGAGCAACAGCCUGAGGUGGGGAAACACUACAAAACAGCUCUAAAUUUAUUGCAUAGUGCAGCUCAGCAGUUCUUCCUGCAGUCAGGUGUAGAUAAAAUCACUUCUAGAUGAAAUAGAUCUACAUCUAAGAUUGUUUGUAGGUGUUCUUCUCCGUAACAGUUGGCUGGGUGGUCAGCAGCAUCUCUGUAGCUUGCUGUGGGUGGUGAGGCUGCUGCAAACACACUGGCUGAGCCAAUGCAAGGUGGCCUUUGAUGGGUUUGCACUGCACCACCACCCCUCCACCUCUUCCUCCCCGUAAGCCACAGCAAGGCUGAUGAUAAGGUCAGUGGCGGGCAGUCGGGCAACUGCUGCUGCCUUGCUGACCUCUAGUGGUUUUGCUGAUCCAUUGCUUUUUAGCCCUCUAUAAAGGAUGUCUUUUGAGUUUGUUUAGGUAACUUAUAAGGAAGAGGUUUUGUUAAAAGAGAGUUGAAUUUCUCCAGCUUGGUACCAUGUAUUUCAAACAAAUGCAUCUGCCAUGAGUUUCUCUGUGUAAGUCCAGGAGCACAUUUCUGUUCUUCUCAACUGUCAAUCCGUUUUCUGGGCUUCCGGAAGAGAUUUCUCUGUGGAUAAUGAAUGCAUUUUCUCCCUAGGUGUGACAUUUUAAGUGCAAACAGAGAAAAAACAAAUCUACUCCAUUCUGUUGAGUAUGAUAUUCUACAGCCAGCACCAGUAUGUUAUAGCAGUUGCCAUAACACCAGCUUGAUGAAGGCUACUAUUCAAUUGGGGUUGCGUCAGUUGUUAGUCCUGUUCAGGGUAGACUCAUUAAUGGCUCAGGUCCAUUGAUUUCAACAGGUCUACUUGAUGUGAACCUUAAUUGGAUACAGCCCCAAGUAUGUUUAUUUUGUGAGGAGAGAUGAUAGUACAUUAGACAAAAGCCUUUGGAAAAAAUACUGGAUAAGGAGGCACUAUCAAUAGUGGAAACUGUUAAAACAGAAGUCAUGCUGUUGUAUGCUUUUUAACUGCAGGAAAAAGAACUUUGGCUAUGGCUAAAAACAUUCAAAUCUACUUAGAAGAGGCUGGCCCUAAUUUUGAUGACUUCUGUUUUUCCUUCCAGACAUAUCGGAAAAGACCUUCAAGAACCAAUACAAAAGAGGCCUCUCUAGUAACAGAAGUCAAGAACGGGUUCCAUAAAGACUACAUAAUGGCAGCUAAUGGUGCUCUGAACAAAAAAGCACAAUAAGAAAUAUAUUUUAUUAUACUGUAGUGUACAAAAUCCUUCCUCUUUUUUUUUGCUAAAGCCCCCCCAAAACACGAGUUGACCAGGCAGUUGUGCACAGCUUUAGUAUGAGAUUUGACUCUGUUUCCUUAACGUUUAGCAAUUUUUACUCCCUUGUUUAACUCACGAUUGAUGACUUGUUUUUAACAACGUAGUUUCAAGUGUUUUGAUAAAUACCUCCAUCGAAAUGGUGAGGACAUGCUGUCUCUUUCACCCAGCCAAAAAAAGCCACAUUUUGUAAAUUUUAAUCAUGGGCAGAAUGCCUGACAAGAGUUGUUCCUUGGGAUGAUGGUUUGGGGUGGUGGUGCUUUGAAGAAAAUCCUACCUAUUGAAACCAGCGGCAGGUUCACAGGUAUUAGUUGUGCAGACAUACAGAGUAUAUAAUCUCUGUCUUAGGAAGAAGUGUGUGUUUUAGUAUGGUUGCAUGGUGACACUAAAUUUGUUUCCCCCUUGGAUUCCAGGAAAAAAAGUGACUUGUAUACUAAAAAACUUUGUUAUUAUCUUCAUGGGGAUAAAGAGAGGUAGGAGGAUUACUCCUAUUCCAAGUUCUAGCAAGAGGCAGUGUAAGGUGCUCCAGAAUUUCCUCCAACUUCACGUGCCAACUAAGAACACCUGAACUGCAUUGUCCACCCUGAAACCAUCCAAAUGCUGGUGUACCUGCUGCCACCCUUUAAAAAUGUGCUGCAACAGGUAUACCAGCUGCAGAUCACCUUGCAGAAAAUGUGUUGGGGCAUAACCCGUUAUGAUAAGCAGUGAUUGGUCACCUGACAGAGCCGACUGCAACCUUGCUAUUGUCUUUUCCCCCUUCAUAAUGCUUCCUUGGCUAACCAAGAAAGGUAUGGUUUAUAUCCAACCCCCCCGGUUUUAAAACUGUGUGACUGCAGAAUACAAGUUCACUAGAUGCACCAUAAUAUGCUUCCUAUGAAGCAAUAAGGUGGAAACCAGGAAGAGGGGCUUGUUUACAGGCAGGCCUAAUCAUUACUGCAGCACAAAAGUGCACAACUGAUAAGACUUUUAAGGCAACCCUAUACAGGUUUGCUGAGAAAUAAAUCCUACCCAUUUCAAUGGGACUUAGUGUCCUGCCUGAGGGAUUGCAGCCUCAGAGUUUUAGCAUUUAAAUAUGACAAGUCGGAUCACUUGCACCACCAGCAGCCCCUGUUCUGAAAGCUGAACCCCUACUUCAUGAGCUUUGCACCUUCUUAAUUUCUUGCUGUGGGUCCAGAAAGCCCACAUGCUUGAGCUACCUUCUCCGACAUUUAAGUGCUUCUCUCUCUACUCUAUUCUAGCAGCCACCAUACCUGCUUUAGGUGUGGUCUGUUACCAGCGGAUUAAGCCUGUUCGCCACUCGGAUGCUAUGGCCUACCGUUACAGUGGUAAGAAGCUAGAUUCUGCCACACAUAAGUGUCAUCAAAGCAUACAGUCCCCUUUCAAACAGUUUUAUAUUGUGGGACACUUAACAUUUGCUGCUGAUGGACAUUGGUAGUGACAGAGCUUGGUUUAAUGCAGCUUUUAUUCCCAGUAUGAACCUAAGAAAUUCAGCCUACCAAGCAGCUGCUUGAUUCUGUACUAUGACAAAACAUCAGCAGGAGGAAGCAGCACUGCAGCUAAGACAGCUCAGCCUUGCUGCCUGCAGUUGGCGUAAGAAAAACACUUACCAUUCCACACAUCCAUUAUUUCAUUCCCAUGUUGGCCACCCCUCUCCCAGUUGGUGCAAGCAAGACUGGCCACCUUAGACAAUUUGGCACCCUAACUUUGUACGACUGAUGGCUCCAAAUGUAAUCAGCACACAUUAAAACCUGGAGGCAGAAGUGUUGGGAAAAGGAAAAAAUAGUUGUGUCUGGAGUCCAGGUGCAGGACACAAUAGAAUCCUAAAAGCUCAGCAUUAGCACAAGGACUAUGACCCUGAGCAUGUUUACUUGCAAUUGAUUCUCACUUAAAUCAGUAGGACUUACUCUGGGGAGAAAAAAAAGCUUUGCUAGAAGACUGGGGGGGGGGGGCACAGCAAAUAUAUGCACCAUGCCUUUAUGAAGGUGAACUGUUGCCACUGAUGGGUAAAAACAGUAUCACAUUGGGUGUAAGAAAAUAAGAUUCAUCAAAGCACCCUAAGCAUUUGAUUCUUAGAAACCAUCAACCUUUAGGAAUUCAAGUGGAAGCCAGGAAGCAAUGACAAUUUUCCCCUCUAGAGGGUAGUACACACAGCACUACAUGAAACCAAAUGACCACUUGAGUGUUGCCAGAAAGAUCCUUGAAGUGACUAAUUCCUUGCCUCUAUUUUACUCAAAUAAAAUCCACUUGAAUUUAGAGUUCUGGCAUAGAAAUUCUCACCAGCAUUCCAUAAUGCCUGAAGCAAUCCCCAUCUGUGUGAGGAGCGACCUACAGAUAUGUAACCUGCUGAAGCCGUGAUGGGUGCUUGAUUCCUUCAUCUCCGGGAGACAUGGUUCCACUUGACUUCCAACACUUGAUGACUGCUGAAAACAACUCUUGGAACAAACAGGUGUUUGAAUUUUAACCUGAAACAGACACACUUUUAAUCCAAACAGAGCCCGAAAACCUUUGCAUUGGGAUGUGAAAUUCAUCCAAAAAUGACAAGCCAUUCCGAGGAGCUCUCAGAUCUCCUGGUAUUUCUUAGUUCAGGUAUGAGAGUUUACUGUGCAGCGAACAUUCAGCAGGGGUGGCUAACCAUUGCUGGUGUUGCUGAAGCCCCAACUCCCAUCCAACUUGGCCAGGAUGGCAGGCACUGGAGGCUGUUGGUAGUGUUAGCAACUGCACACCUCACCCCUGGGUUUAAAGGGUUUUUGUUCCAUUUUUUAAGGAUGUGCUGGGGGGGGGGGUAAGGGAAGGGGAGGAACAUUGCCUUACUCAAUCUUUCAAAGGGCUGAAAAAUACACUGUAGAUUUAAAACCACUUGAUAAAAUCGUAAUCAGGUACAUGUCUGAAUACGCAAAAACUAGUAACAUGCUGCUAUUCUGAACAACCAUCAGGAUAACAACUUCUGAAAUUAUUUUCCUGUAUCAGUGUUUGCCGUUGAAAAUAAAACACGUUUUACAGUCAA